AUGCUGCAACGACAGUACAAGGCGAUCUUACCGAAAGUGCGAGACGCCGACAACCGACAACAUGGCGUUUACUAUCCUCCAAUUCCAAAUGCUUACGUCUACGGUAUACGCCGCCCUGGGCACCGCGUCUGAAAAAUCAAAAUAAACGUGUAUGAUUUAAAUAAAUUCCCGAUGUCCGACAACGAUCGGACUUUACACGGGUUUCCCUAUAGAUUUCGGAAACGCGACGCCGUUGUUAUUAUAAUAUAAUCACUCGGAACAAGCCGAGAGUAAAACAAUACUAUAAUAUCCUAAAUGAAAGAUAUAUUUAAGUAAAAAAAAAAAAAAAAAAACGAAAAUGUAAAUCGUGUAAUCGUGCAUUGUUUUUUAACACGAUUUUUUCUUUAAAAGUGAGCAUUAAGUACAUUUUAGAUUCUGAGUGGAACGAACACUUUUUUUUACCAAAAAGCUCCGAUUAUUAAGCAUAAAAUCUUUUCUGAAAGGAAAUUCUUUUUGGGUGGUACUUUAAACAGGUCAUUUUUUAAAAUUCUCAUUAUUAUUCGAGGAUAAUAAAUGAGGAAAAUCUCGGUCUUUAGGUUAAGAAAGAUUGAAAGAUUAAAAAUAAGGUUGUCAUUGGCAACCGUUUUUAUUUAUUUUUUGUUAUUAUUAAGAUUUUAUUAUUUUAAAAUCUUUUUUAAACUAUCAUUGCUGUCAUGGAAACCACAUUGUAAUCAUUUUACCGUAAUAUGACAAAAAUACCGUUUAUUUUAUUGUUGAUAAAGCAACAUUAUCGACUGAACUCGGCUCAGAAUCGAUUUUUCUUUUGCAACCAUUGGUUUAUCGUUGCUUACAGAUAUACACUAAAUUCCCGUCUGUAACCUACCUUCCCAACUUCCCACUUAGAAUAGUGGCUGCACCCACGUGCUAAGUAUGUCCGCCCUUUUUUUUAUUUACGAAAACGUGGAAUUUGCUUUUAUGGGGCAAAAAUAAUUUUUGUUCGCAAACCGUUGUUUAAAACUCAAUUUAAAGCGUUGAAAGGCAUUUGUCCAUUAUUAUACACUGAAAUAUUAUUACUUUUCAACCGUUUAAACAGCUAAUAUACUAUUAUAAUAUCAUCGUUAUUUUGUGAAUCGCAAUUUAUUAUAAAUGCGAACGUUGCUUAUUUACUUGUGACGGAACCGCUAAUCAUUACACCGUGAUUGUUAAUCACAAAUUUUACGCUCGUGUUGCGGUAUAUUAUUGAGUUUCCAUGUUACGGUGAUCAAACAAUUGCGUAAGAAACAACUAUGUACUAAUAUAACGAUGUAAUCGUAUAGAAAAACUGUAAUAUUUUCAAAAAAAACUCAACAUAGGUAUAAUAUGAAAAAAUACACAAAAUUAAACUGGAUAGGUAAAGGACGAAUUCUAAGAAACCGAAAUUGGUAUUGAUAUAAUAAUGUCGAUAAUACUUUCGGAAUAUUUAUUACCUAUUUCAAUUUCACGAAACGACAAAUCGAUGCAAAAGCGAUUUCGAAACGAAUCGAUCCCGGAUGGAAAAUCGUAUUAUCAAAAAAGAAGAACACGAAACCAAAUCGAUAAAAAUUGUAUACUCAUAUAAUAUAUUAAAUGGUCAAUGUCGAAAAAUAAUAACACGCUACACUCCUGCCAUUUGAACAAGCGUAUAAAUAAUACUCAAACAAAGAGCUUAGGUUCGUUAGAAUUAUAGAAAAUCUAUAAUCUAAACGUGUAUUAAAAACGAGACGCACAUAAUACGAGGAGAUAAAAGUUCCUGAUAUUGUAUAGUUGUGUGUGUGUGUGUGUGUGUGUGGACCUAUACAAGGCGAUUAAUACUCGAUAAGACAAUGAUUAUCGUGGAAUAUAUUAUAUUUUUUCGGACAAUUUAUAAAACAAGCGGCUUUUUAAAAUGUCACAUUUUCGUUGUUUUUUUUUUUUUUAUCGUCCUAGUGUUUUCUUAAGGAGCGAAACGCAUUAUUCACUAUUGAUUUUAAUAUAGCAACCUAGCAAUAUUGAUAAUGCCUUCAUUAAACGUAAUAUAUUAGUUUACAUAAAUUUGAGUUUUAUGGUGUAUCAUCGUCAUUUGUGUAGCGCAUGGUUCUUGAGGAGCGCUCCAAUACUCUUCCCCUAGUCAUAAAACGGUAAUGAUUUAAGAUGAAAUCAGGAUGUUCCCGGGAAGGUUGAAAGUUCCAGAUUAGCUUUAAUCGAGCGGGUACUGAACAGGAAUUUGUUUCCGGAAAGGUAUGCGCUGUUAGAAAAGAUACACAAAGUCAGAUUGAAUACUUUUCGGACCGAAACUUCGUGCCAGUCCUCUUUGGCUAUCGUUUUAUUUUUAAAUUUGAAUUAUAAUUAUCGCGUCUCACGGAUACCUAUAUAAUAUAUUAUAUAGCUGUGGGAUAUAUAUUAUCCAACGCGAUUAUUAAAAAUUCCGUUUAUGUAUGAUAUUAACUCGUAAACUCGAGACUUAAGUUUGAAAUUCGGGAUCGAACUUUGACGUCGAAUAGAUUAAAUUUGUCGUGCUUUAGUAUUUAAAUGUAAAUAAAUUAUUACCGUAAAUAGAGCGCAAAGUUCCGUUGUGUAUAUACACCGCGAACGUUAUUUCGCAUGUACAGAGCGUUCGUAUUAUUUUUCAUCUCAAUCGGUUCCGCAAUCAUAUUUCCGGUCUAACGAUAAUGACUACCGGUGCGUCGGUGGCGGCGGUGGUGGUAGUGAUGAUGACACUUGCAGUCCCCGACGCAACAUCCGGUUACAUAUUUUGCAGAUUAUAGUCAGGAACGCGACUAGAAGGGUAUGUUAUAAAACGCCACCCCCCCCCACACACACACACACGUUUCGAUUUAAAUUAAAAGUCGCGGCAUUUUGCCCGAAACGAAUCCAAAAUACUAAAAAUUUAUUAUCAUUAUUAUAAUUAUUGUACAAGACUGGGUUUUUCUCAAAAAAAAUUUCAACCGCUUUUAUUACGCCACUAAACGCGUUUGACUAACUCAAAAAAAAAAACAUGCGAGGACGCCCACAGAAGAGAAACAAAAGAGGCAACUGUCCCAACCUUAGGAUUUUUAUCUGAAUGUACUUAUGUCACUCAUAAUGACAUAUAAUUUUACCGUAACAUCAUACAAUGUUUCUAAAAUAAGAUGUUUUCCCCGUUUUGCCCCGGGUGGGAUUUUAUCCUACGGGCGCGUUUAAAACCAUAGAUAUUAAAUAUGUAAAUAUAGAUAUGGCAGUAAUAGUGUUUUUGCGAUCAUGCAGACCAAUGCCUAUACACCGUGAUCAAACCAACGAUAAAAUGGCCUAUGGUACAUUACUUACUAAAUUAUGCUAGCGUUAGCCGCCGUCCUAAUACUCGCCAUUCUUGGAUAAAAUGCGUAGGACUGGUCAAUCGUCUAUCCAUUUUUCUUAUAUGAACAAGACGUGAUUUUUUUCUUUUAAUUUGCCGCCUUCACUAAAUAAAUAUUUAGCGGUCACUUUUAUUUCGAAAUUUAAUCAUAGAGACAAUGCUAAUAUAAUAUAAUCAGUUUUUUUUUGUUUUUUAUUCAUAAUAUCCAUUGAUGUUAAUCCACUGUAGUCAUAUACAAUCAGUAAUAGUUAUUAACAUUAUCUAGACAGUAAUCAGAGUUCAAGUUUAUAGACCACUAUUAUAUAAAAUGGGUUUUUUUUGUCUAUGCGUUGUAUCAGGCAGCUCGAUAGAGGAUAGAGUUGCAAUGAGGGGAUUUGAAUGAUGUUGAAUGUUUUUUUAUGAACUCGUUUUUAUAAUUUAGAAACUUGGUCAGAGAUGGAUUUUAUAUUUAGGUCAAUAUGAAGGGAAUCGAAAAUUCAGAAAGAAAAAAAAAACAUGCUUCAUUCAAUGGUUGUAGUCCAAAGUUCGUCCGCACAAGUUUGGUCCGUUAUAUACGAUAAUUUUCUCAGAGAUUUUUUUUUUUUGCCAUACGUUUUUCGCCUCUGGGACACGCAAGCGUUGCGUAUACGUGUCAUUGCGAUACGGUACGAAUAAACGGAAAAAAUAAAACGCGCGAAAUCGCCGAAAUAUAUGUAUACAGGCGUAUACGGGCGGAUGCGCCGGGCUUGCGAGGACGACGAUCCGAUCGGGUAUUCGACAAUUUUCUCGCGGCGUUCCCCGGGGACCGGCGACCGGCUCGAUACAAAAGUUUCUCGUCAGCGGCGGCGACGGGAGCGGAAUAAUAUUCAAAACGCGUCUCGUAAAAUCGAGGCUGGCGUCGUGCGUAAGCGUGUCGUAUUGUCGUGUACGCGGGGACCGUGGCCGGGCACCGCGGAACGGCCGAGAGCAAACGAAAUCCCGUCCGUUCUCCAGAAAAUAGUCGUAUUAACCACGAACCGCCGAACACGAGUAGUCUGAUCCGCGUAGCCCCCGCACGGCGAUGUUUACACGCUCCGGUUGUCUCGGUCGCGUAGUUUCGCGGCGAGCCGCUCUCAAUGGGAUUUGAUUGUGUUUGCGAAUAAUCAAUGGCAAUAUUAUAAUGCGCAACGUCGCCGUCGUCGUCAUCGCCGCGCACGAGUUUAUACAUAUAUUCACGUAACAACAAUAAUAACAUUAUCAUAAUAUCGUAUUAAACUGCUGCCGAGAGUGCCUGUGCCGCCGGCGCCGCCCGCGUAUUUACCUUGAUCUCGAUCCGGUAACGUCGGCGGGCAGAGCGAAUUAUUUUCGGCCGGUUUCCGCGCGCCGACGUCUACAACGGCCGAGCGCGCCAAAGUCGCGGCCGUGUUGCGUUCGCGGCCGGAUAGCGACCGGGACACGCGGCAUCGCCGUACAUUCGUAUUGACACACGGGGCUCUCGACGUGGGCCGCCGGCGUUUAUCCGACAACCGGUCCUGCAGUUCUGUGCGCUCGCGGCGACGGUACGACCAGUGCGGCCGCGGUGUGGCGGGACUCGACGUCCGGCCGCGCGUGUCGGUCGCCGGUACCGGCGAUUCAUAGGCGUACAACAUUCGAAUGGGCCGCCGUAUCCCACCCACGGAUAACCGGGUACGGUCGGCGGCGCGCGCGGCGUUCGUCGUUUAAACCGAGUCGCGGCGGGGAAAGGUCGAUUUUUUUUUUGUCGAACCGUUAUUGACAAAUUUGAAACCGGUUUUUAGACUCGUAUUGUCGCGGGUAGAAGAAAAUUCUACGGCCGAUUCGUGAUUAUUACGUUGAGGACAUCCCCCCGGAGACGACCUCUUCGAGUAGUUAUACACCUUGUCAGUACUAUAACAUUGAUACCGUAAUGACUUCGGGGAGACGUCAAAAUACAACAUCGCGUUGGAUAUUUUUCACGUGAAUAGUAAAAUUUAUUCUGUCGGCAUAUCGUUGCCAAAUAACGUAUUAUACAGUUUUCAGUUUCGCUGUUGUUCGCGUUCUGUCCAACCGUUCACACGGUGACUUGUUCGCAACUGUGUAUAAUCGUCCACUGUGUGUGCGUGUGUAUGUGUGUGUGUGUGUGUGUGUGUGUACAUCAUAAAUAUUUCAGAAGCGAUUGAGCCGCAAACGUCCAAAUAUUGGAGGGUCCGAACGACCAGUUAGCAGGGAGUUUUCCAGAUUGCCUGGUGACCCGAUAUUCGUACAUACCAUAUUUCUUACUCGUAUUACCUGAAAACUUAGUAAAAUGUUCCGCCAGGGCACAUAUUAUGUUCCUAGUAGCUAUUGAGUUUUUUUUUUUAUAAAGUUGUAUUAAGUUUAUUUUAUACACACAUUAAAAUGUAUACCGACAAAAUCACUUUUCUGCGAUUUUCGACGAACGCUCCCCCAUCGUUAGCUUCGCCCGUGUCACAUGUAAACGCGUAUUUAGCUCCCGUCAAUCGAGAAUCCCCGCUUCGCCACCGGUUCAUAUGUCGAAACGCGAGAAAUAUUUCACUCGGUACGGUCUGCGCGUGUUUUAUCGGGUGGUCCGGAUAAAUUCAAAUUUCCCGACUGGAAUUCGGUUCCCCGCUCUGCCCCCCAAACACCGUCGCAGGCUUUUGCGUUUGUAAUAUCAUAGCGGGAUUAUAUAUAUAUCUGUACGUAAAGGUUUCUUGAACGGCCGACCCGAACGAAUUUGGACUCGUUUCGCCCGCGUUCGAAUGAACAGUGGAAAUAAUAAUAACAACAACAACAACAACAACAACAACGGCGACGACGACGACCACGACAACAAUUGCAUUUGAAUAUAUUUAUUCAACGAGCGGGCUCGGCGGAAAACAAUUUACGGGUUUUAGUCGUCGUAUAAUUACAUUGUUCGUGACGAAAUUAUAAAUUUGUGCGCCGCAAAGGCCCGGCCGCGGAUCUUUCGUUAUAUUGACUUUCGCGAGGUCCCGACUGUAAUCGCCCGCGCGAUCGUUCCGAUUUCCCUAUCGUCGUGACGAUUGUUUUCCCGUCGUAUUUGUCCCGCGGGGCGAUUAUCAUAUUUCACGUCGAAGUAUUCGAGACUACGCGGCAAGUUUUAAUUUCUCUCGGUGUUCGUUCGACGCGAAUUUUUAAUACCCAAAAGGGAUGUAAUAUUAAAACGGCGAUGUUACUACUACCAGUGCUGCAGAAGCCCGUCGGUCCGCCGCAUCUGCCGAAAAUUAAAUUUCCAAUUACAAUUGCGUUACAGUAAUAAUUAUCCGUGGAAAUAAAAAUAUCCGGCGCGAUGUUUAAUUAAACAUUAAAUUAUCGUCGUUCAAAAAAAAAAAAUAAAAAAAAAAACAUUCGCAAAGUGUUUAAUUCUAUUUACCGGGGAUAAUAUAAAAUAACUCGACGGCGGCGCGCUCUAAUUAAUUUAUAGUUUAGACUCGAUUUAUAUAUAGUAGGUUUAUACGGACGAUAAAUUAAGUUUUUCCAUUAACGGCGGGAAAGUCGUCGUCUACUGUUCUUAUAAUAUAGUACGCAAUCCACGUGUGAACUUAUCGUUUUGCAUUCUAUUAUUAUUUUUGUUGUUCCCCCCCCCCGCCCCGUUUAUAUAAUUUAUUAUAUAUACACGGAAAGUUAUACGAUCGUAUAAGUUUCGUACGAGAAAAUUGCAAUUAUCUUCUGCUGCAGCGCGGUAUCUCGUUUCAAAAAAAAAAAAAAAAACCCGCGUUUUCGCGAUAAAAGUAGGACGCAAACAAACAAAUUAUCAGAAGUAUACGUACAUCAGAGAGACUUCCGUCUAGUUUUAUUAUCAAAUACGCUAUGUAUCGAUUCGCGACAAACGCUAUCCCCCCUCCCCUUUCCUUCGUCCUGUACCCCGUACUAAUUGCGCUCAAGACCCGUAUGUAAUAUAUAGACGAUGGUAUAAUAGUCUAUUUUUAUUUCGACCAUGACGUUUUGUGAAAAGCUUUCGUUCACUAUCUAUUAAUACAUGUCUGCACGUUUAUUUCAAAUUGAACUUUAACUAUUUUGUUUUUUUUUUUUUUUUGUUAUCGGAUACGCCUUAGGAUUUUCAUGACUGAGGGGUCUAGGAUAGUUAUAGUUCCAACCCGAAAUUAACUCGGCCACAAAUAAAAAAAUACACGUCUACAACAUCACGUUUUUUUUCUUAGCAUUUUCCCCGAAAAUAGAGACUAUAGAUAUUGGGCUUGUUGAAUGCAUUAUUUUUCCGCUAUUUUCGGACAUAUCGGAUCACUCUGGACCAAAUGAGCUCGAACCCGGUAGUUAGAAUUGUUUUUUAGGCGGAUUGAAUCGUGGGUUCAACCCGAAGUUGACUUAAGUCAUCAAUAUGAAUUUUAUUGAACCGCGUUUUUGCGGCAGGAAGAUGUUCUUUAGCUUUCUACACACCAACAAACCUCUUAAUCGAAGCCAGGGAAUGUAAUGUUAUAUGUCGACGGCAUUAGUAUCGAGGAUGUCCUUUUUGGGAGCUUAAACUUUCAAUCCCUAUCUUUACAAUUUUUGUGGUCAAAUUUAACCAAUUUUACAAUUGUAGUAUAGCAUUUACAGUAUUAUUCUAUUAUGCUAUAUACUAACAUACUCAUAAUAAUAAAGCCUAAGAGCGUAAUAUAGUGUUACCAAGGCAAUAAAUAUAUUUCUUUGUGUGCAUAAUAUUUAAUGCGUAAACAAAAUUGUAAAAAUGCAAAAAAAUAGGUCAGGGCUAAGAGUCGAACCCGAGUCUGCGCAGAACGGCUCAGGUUAUCCCAUAUUGUCUGACACGCGUUUGACCGCCUCGUCUCCCCUGACGUACUAAAACCGUUGAUUUUAACGUUAUCUAAGUAAAUACAUAUUCAACAACAUUAGAAAAACAAUGUUAACGGCAAACAAUUAAAACGUUUUAUUUUAAAUUUGUACGGCUUGCGUUUUCUACCAUGAAUAUUGCUCCAAUAGAUAAACGACAAUAGACCUCUUUUGUUACAUUUUUAAUAUAGUUCACGAUUAAGUUAUUGGGUUUUUGGUUUUCAGAUUCUGAGUGAAACGAAGAAUGUAUUGGUUUUACUAUGAUGCUUUUUUUUAAAUUUAAUUUUUAAUUUUUUUUUGUUUAUGAUAUGCACACACACAUUUCCGUCAUUCCGUUGACGAGAUAUUCCACUUUUAAGUUUGGGCUGAAGGAGAGUGGUGGUGCAUUAUCAACGCGUCGCGCACCGUACCGCCACACAAAUAAUACUCCACUAAAUAGAUCACCCGGUAUAUUGUUGACAAAGCAACACUAUUAACCGGACACCGCUCAGAAUUGUUUUUCGUUAGAAAUGGUUAAUUGUUGGAUAUUCAGAUAUGCAUUAAAUUUCCCCUCUACCUUCUCAACUUCCUACCAACAACAGUGGCCUACCCAUUGUGCAAAUAUUAAUAUAUUAUUAUGUCAGUAUUUUGUAUUUCAUCACUGGGAUUCAAUUAAUACGUCUCUGGCUCGUAUUUGAUGUUGUGCCAUCUUCGUUUUCGAUCGUAAUUAUAAUAUGAUGUGUAUAUUUUUUUAGAAAUCACGGCACCACAGACUCCAGGAGGCCCACAGCAAUAACAAUGACGAUAAUAACGUACAGACGCGUUAUCAUUCACCUGUGCCAACGAUCAAGACCGGCGGCAGCGACGAAUACGUGGAAUCGGAAGACGACCCGGAUGAAGAUGACGACGGGGACGAGGGUGAAGACGAAGGCGAGGAGUCGGCCGAACUGUUGGAGAAACAAAGUAAGUCGCAUACAAUAUAUACUUAUAUACAUAUUUAAUACGAGCAUAAUAUUAUGUAUGCUUGAGUCGUGCGAGUCAUAUCGGGGGGCAAAAUCUGACCCCCUUUCGUGUGACUUUUAGCGGAUAUUUUUUUCCGGACGAAAAUAACGCCGUGAUACUCGGAGAUAACAGCGCGGCCCUACGGCAUCGUAUACGGGUCGGGUAGAGCUAAUUUUUUCAAUCUUCUCCAUAAAAGUGCAUUUUAUAUUACUCGAACCGGCGCGGUCACGGCGGCUAUGCGAUCAAAGUUUUUUUUUUUUUUUUUCAUUUAUAAAGCUCUCUUUCACUUCAAAAACUCGUGUGGUUUUUGAUAUUUAUCCGUCGAUAAAGUACAGAUGAAAGCGAACUACGGGAUCAGUGUCGUGUGAAUUUACUAUAAGGUAUUGAACCGAGUUGUCGGACAUUGAAUUUUAUAAGAGAGACGACAUCACAGUAUAGGAUAAUUGUAAAAGAAACGAGAAUGUUGAGGUGGAUGUGUGACGUGAACCAUGUAUGAUGGGAUUAGGAAUUAAUUUAUGUAUUCUAUGAAUAUAUAGUGGACAAUUUCUAGAGAAGCCAAAUUAAAGUGGCUACCUCGGGUGAUCGCCGCGAUACCAAUUUUCGAUGUACCUAUAUGACGAAAAAUGCCGCAAAAAAAGAAAUUAUCUUUAUAAUCUUCAAACGAAUUAUUAAUUUUCUUUUUCUUCUCCGUCACCUUCGUUCUAAACUUCUAAUAGCCCCGGGUUCCCAUCUCGUAUACACUAACCGUCCUCAUAUCAUUAUCAACCACCUCUUUUUUAGUCUUUUUCUCCACCUCUUUUUUUCUCCUACGUUUAUUUUCAUUGCAAUUCUGACUAUUUUGGAAUCAUCUCGUCCUGUGACAUGCCCACGCCAUCUCGGUAUAAUUACUUUACUAUCAAUAUAAAAUACACAAUAUGGAUUUUUACCGUUUUGAAUAUUUACUUGUUUAUACUUUUUUAUCUUAACGCGUUAUGCAUUUAUUAUGGCGCAUUAUUAUGCGAUUAUCUUUAUAUUGAUAUUAAUAUUGUAGGUACGGUCAGGUUAUGCAAGGAUCGGUUACAUAAUAAUGUUGUAACGUAUACAUGCGUAUUACAAAAUGUACGAAAAUAAUGUAAAUUAAUAUUUUCGUUGGGAAAAUUCACUCGGAAAUCGGCACUUGGACCCGUUAUUUAAAACGAACGGUAUCGUUUAAAAUAAUAAAUCGAAAAUAUUGUUGUUCGGUCAGAAAACUAGGGUCUCGUAUUUUAAUAGUGUUUUAUGCGUUUGUUUAUAUUGACGAAUAGCGUCCUCACGGGGUUCUGGUUUCGCGGGGUGAGGGGAAUCGUAAGGGGAGGGGGGAGGGUUAUAAUUCAUUAUUAAUAAUAAAUAAUGAUAAUGUACAAACCGCUAAACGCGCAUAAUUUCUGUACCAGACGGCGCAUUAAAAUAUUGUAUACCGCAGUAUAUAGGUAUAUGUAUUAUUUUUACACAGAGUGAUUAUUUUUAUCAUCGGUGGUAUUAUUAUUAUUAAUAUUAUUGUUUUAGUCGAAUUAAUAAAUAAAUUACAGGACUGCGGUAUCAUUCACCGCGGCUGCAUAGCAGUUCGGCGUAUCGGAUUGUAAUUAUUUCGGUUCUGGCGCGUUUUAAACAAAAUGGUUUUCGUAUUAUUUAUCGGUCCGGGAAUUUCUCGUCGCGGUGAAAUCCGCCGCGCUACGUUUAUUACAAUAUUAUUUUAAUCUCGGUCGAGUUUCAAACAUUAUUCGCGUUUUAUAUUAUACGCUGCACAUCCGUCGCACUCGGCUCUGGAUCCGGCGUUUAGAAUAUAAUUAUUAACAAAAAAAAAAAAAUUAUAAUAAUAAUGAAUAUCGAAUUAACGUUCUCGUUACCGUUAAAAUAUUUAACUCGUGUUUGCGUUCUGGCGGAUCGUGAUUUAAAAAAAAAAAAAUACGUCCCAUUCAUCGUUCGCUAAAGUGGAUUCUCCGUGUAUACACUUCCGCAAAUAUCGAAAAUAAAUACGAACAAUCUAAAUGGCUUCGGGGCAAUGAAUAGUUCAGAAGCUAAAAGUAAAGUUGUUAUAGAUGAAUGUUUUUGAUUUGUUUCAAUUCACUUGGACGUUAAGAAAAAAAAAAAAAAAUCAGAAUGUUAGAAAAUAAUUUAGUUAUUUAAUUAUACAAAUAAUUUUUUUUCAACUUUUUAAAUCGCUACUAAUUUUUUUAACAGAAUUAUAACAAAAAAACUAAAUCGAAAAUAACAAAACCGUUAUUUCCGUAUACAUUCCCGUUCUUUCUACGUUUUUCUCGGUUUUACCAAUUGUUUUGAAAAUUACACGAGAAAUACAAAAAAAAUGACUUUGAUAAUACACCAACUUAUUCUAAAAUGCGACAAAAAACGUUAUUGGCGUUUUUCGAUUGGAGUAAAUUAUCUGAUAGAAAAGUUGUUUACUGACUGAAAAAUAAAACACAUUUUAGUAAAACCAAUACAGAUUGUUCGCUCCGUUCAGAUUCUAAUCUAAAACCGAGUACCUAUGUUUCAUGCAUUUAUUUUUCGACGAAAAUAACGUAUUCUAUGUGAAUAUUAUUACCACAUAACGAGACGAGCGUAUUAAAAAGUCUAAAUAUUAUUGUAUAGAAAAUUUAUUUAUGAGUGUAUAGUAAAGGGCAAUAGUAAACAAGUAACUUUUUCCUUGACUACGUUAUCAUUUUUUUGAACAUUUUGUAACUUAAAAUAGUUACUCGAAUAAAUUUAAUUAGAAAAUUAACACUAAACAACUCAACCUAACAACUUAAAUAAAUUUGAAAAAAAAAAGAAAAACUAAAUAAAAUCUCUCUUGGUUUCCAGAAUAUAUUGAACUAUUGGUUUUUUUUUUUUUUUUCAUUUAAUAUCGCCAACGAUUUUUCGACCGAACAAAUAGCGAAAAAAAAAUAUAAAAUCAAAAAAGGUUUUUCGUUUGCAGGAUAUAUACGAAAUACCCGUAGGUUGAGAUUCACAAAAAAAAAAAAAAACACCGGACCCCGCUCGCAGUUAUUCGAUAUUUCUCGAGGGGAAAACGAAUAUUAUAGUAACGAACCCACGUGCGUGGUAUAUGCACUUACGCUUUGUCGUAAAUAGUAACGACAACAACGGUGGUGCGUUGACUUAAUAUCAUCAGGCAAGUUUCGAAUUAUUUGCCUCCCCUCUGAUCCGCUUUUCGGAAAUUGCCCGACUUAAUAUUGCGAACGGUCGUAAUUUUGAAUUCAAAUCGUCACGCGAUUGUUCGCCCCGAUGCAUCAAACGAUGAUUAAUAUUUCAACACCUUUAUGUUUCGGACUGCCGUACCUACGAUUUAACGCGCGUUUAUUCGAAAAUAUUCCGUAUGGUUCACAUAUGGUCGGCAUAACGUAAUACACUAAAUUACCUUAUCUACUUUUUGACAAAUUUUUUUUAAUUUUUUUUUUUAGCAAAUUUAUUAAAUAAGCAAAUCGAAAACAGUACAUUUACCGUCACUUUUGUUUCUAAUUUUGAUUUUAUAUUCUGAAUGGCGCAAAGAAGCUUGUAAUGUUACGGGGAUGUUUAUUAUUAUUAUUUUUUUUUUUAUGUGACCACUUUAUCUACCUGAAAACUUACUUCGAUGUAUCUGAUGAAGGCUUUUUUCUGAAAAGAAAUUUUUUUGCGGUAGUAUUUAAUGGAGUUCAUUUUUUUUAUUUCUCCGUCUGUUUUUCCAAUGUGCGGGUAGUAACUCUGAUAGUGUGAUAAUGGUCAUGAUGGUGACGAAAAACUGGAACGUAGUCAGACGGUGAGUUUAUUUUUGUUUAAGACAUAGGACUUUUAGUUAGAUAUUUAAAAAUGUGUCGUCAUUGUACUCGUUAUCGGAUCUUUUUUCAAUGAUACCCCGCACCUAGAUCAUUUUUUCUCACAAAAAAUGUUUUUCUCUUGUUGUAAGAAAUCUUCAAAUUAUUUACACCAUUUCUUAAAAGCUACGGAUUUGUUGUCAGGUAGAGCUGUAAUUGAUAAUUUUUUCUAUAUUCCGGAUAGUUUUUUCUAAAAAAAUACAAAAUUUCGAUUACACGAAAAAAAAACCGUCCAAUUCUAUAUUAGUAAUAACAUUUUAAAUGAUAAUCCUUAAAUAAUAACUUUUUAUAAAUAUUAGGCAUUUAUAUUUUACAAGUUUUUUGUUUGACUUAUCCUUUCAAAACGGGUGAUUUUAAUAGAAUCUUCCCCGAAUUUCCCCUGCGGCAGACCAAAUAAGCUUAAGCUUGCGAAUUAGAGUUGUUUUAUUAGUGGAUUGAAAUGAUAUAAGUUGGAUAGAAUUUCGCCUUGUUUUUUCCGGAGAAAGAUGAUUUUCGUUUGUAGCUCGAACACUCCUGCAUACCCUCCAAAAAGAAGGGUUGAAUAGUGGAAUAAGUGGAAGACAUUGUAGGUGUUCAGCUUUCAAUCAACAUCUCUACUAUUUGUACGCACACUUAUUGCGAUUUUCACAAAGAAGAAUAAUGCAAUAGUAUAUAAUAUUAUAUAGUUAUAGUUAUAUAAUAUUACAGUUGAUUAUAUCAUUGUAUUAUAAUAGUAAUUCGAUUAUCUAUCGUUUUACAAAGAACAUUUUUGAAAUACAAAAUAGUCAGAAGGGAACAGUAGUGCUCUGCGGCUCACGGGUGUUUUUGUGUCGAACAUAUUUUCGUCCCCAGACUUUUUGACCGUUUACCCUCGUGUUUACCGUAUACGGUUUUCGCAAAAGCGCGUAAUAUUUUACACUGUUAUUAUAUCGGUAAUAAUUUUUCGCGUUCGCCCCAAAACACGCUCUAUUCACGUUAAGUCGUAUUACCACCGAACUCGGGUCGUUAUUGUAUGGGUUUUAUUGUAAUAAUAAUAAUAAUAAUAAUAUUAUAAUACCUCGACGGGUGCAUCUAAAACCCGAGUAAUAAUAAUUUACGGUCUCGCCACGAUGAUUUAAAGGUGGAUUUACAUUAGAUAUAGCUUUCGGAGUUUUAGCGGUUCCAGUUAUGUAACCGGAUUUUUCCAUUUUCAUGUAGCCAUAGGCUGCAGAUUAUCGGUAGGCCGUGGAUUUAAUAAUAUUUUGUAAAAAAAAUAGCACAAAACCCUUGAAAAUAUACGAUUUUACUAUGCAGCUCUAAAGACUCUUAGUUUUUUUAAAUAGGUGUGCGGGUAAGCUGAUAGGUCUGCAGCUAAAUGGGCGUUUCGGGUCCUUUACACGAUUACUGAAGAUUACCAAUUGUUCGGGUUGCACAUUUUUUGUUGACUGAUGAAUUUUAAGAUGCUUGAUUUUUUCUUCGAGGCUUAUCAAUUACAGCAAAACUAACGAAUUUGAAUGAUCGAUGCACGAUCAUGCAGAGCCUCUUUGGAUAACCAAAUAGGCAGUACGUCGUACUUGAACUAGUAUCAAUUAACAUUAUUAUUAUUAUUAUUUUUUUUUUUUUUUUUUGUAAAUUGCAAUUUAUUGGAUUCUAACAAUAUAAUACUUUUUUGUUUAUAUAUAAAAGGGAGAGACGCGGGAUCUUCUAUCAUUAAGCGGGUUGGUGGGCUGGACAAAUUCACCGGUAAAUUCUCUGGUGAUGCACCUAAGUCCACGCUACCGCUGAUUUUAUCGAUAUUAAUAACAAUAAUAUAAUAGUGAUCUCGCGCCUCUAGCAGGUUACUGUCAACAAAAUUUAAAAAAAUAAAAAAUAAACGCUAAAGGGUCUAGUGCGAAUUCCCUUUUAUGCCCGGAAGAAGAAAAGAAAAACUAAAACAAAACCCCUUUUUAUUUUCCAAACGAUUACGAUAAUAUCGUCGUCGUCGUGACAUCAAAUCGUCGCGCAUUAUAAUAAUACGAUUGUAUUUUAUUAUUACGUCGUGGAAAUACGGCCGUUCCGUGAGAACAAACGACAUCUGUCGACGUGCUUCUCUCGAAAACGCGUAUUAUUUAACGUCCGUUAUGAAUAAAAAAACGAUAAUAUUACACGGUAUACGAAAAACGGGCUCCGAUGUUGUCGUAUGUGUCGGCCCGGCACCGAGAGGGCCCGGGAGACGAAUUUUACAACGGGGUUUAAAAAAUAAUAGGUACACUACAUACCUUUCGCGAUGAUUUUAUAUCGCGUAUAAUAUUUAUAAAUAUCCAGUAUUUUAUUCGUUAGUUUUUUAUAGCGAACGCUUUGUAAAACAUGAACAAAGUUCAAACGAUAUAAACUUCGACGGUUUCGUAUCGUUCCCAGGAUAAAAGGGCUUAAGUCAAUUUUGAGUGUAGUUUUCAAUACAAACAAAUUAAAUUUGCAACAUACAUUUGGUACUUUCACUUAUACAUAAACUAAUACUAAUAAUACAUCACAUACAUUAAUUUUGAAAUACACGUCUGCAAUUCAGUCUAAAAUAUAAGGGAGGGGAAAUUACAUUAAUUACAUAAAAUUUUAUAAAAUAAAAAUGUCCAAUAAUGAAACCUUUUUUCCGAUGAACUGAAAAUAUAAUAUGUACAAAUAUUAAUUAUAAAAUCUAUUAUUAUUUAUGUAAAUGGUGAAAAAGUAAAUUGGCACUGUUAUUCGUAUAACGGAUUUGAUGUGCUAAUUGCAACGUGGAAUGUAUUGAAUUUACUAUGAUGUGUACCUUUCCUUUUUUUUUUUUUUUAUGUCAUUGAACAAUGCUCCUACCAGAAGUCUUGAUCUGAUUUUCAUGAGUAGUAACAAAGAUCUCCAGAAAUCAAAUUUCGUCUAGUUUGUGCAUUGGUGUUAUGAAUAAAUUAGGAAAAUCGGGAAAAUUUACUCAAUAACGGCUUCCGUUAUUUUUUUUUUUUUAUAUUCUUAUAGUUCGGUAAAAAAAUCGCAGUUCUUCGAUUGAUGCGUGAAUACAACAUUUUUUUUCGGUCUCGUUUAAAUAAUCUCGUAAUUUCGAUACGAUGUCCGUUUAUAAUUUUGAUCAACGUUCGCAUACCUACAAUCGGUCUUGUAUAAAAAUACUCGACAAUUUGAUAUACAAGGGUGAUCAUGAGUUUUUCUUUUUGUUUCGUUUUAAUUUCUCAUUAUACUUACACAACUUUUAUAAGCAAAUUAGAGUGCCAUUUACAUAACAAAAAAUAACCACUAGGUAGUAGCGUAGUCGUUGUUAUUCCCAAGCGACGACGACCGGAAUAAUAAUCGAAUAAAAAUAAUAAUAAUAAAAAAUAUCUUGAUCCUGCACGCCCGCGCGCUGUUAAAUUGCCUAAUAAAAGCGCCGUCGUUGAUGACCGAGCCUUUUUAUUUUUUCUGUUUCAGUCGCGUGAAAGACCGGGAUGACGUCAUACGGAUGCUUCCGGCAGCUGAAAAUAAUGUCAAUAAUGAUCUCUAUAUAACACAUACUUUUCGUAGUCGUAAAAAAAGACCCCCAAUUGCUCGUGUUGCCCGAAACCGUGACGGCACGUUUAAAUAUCCCUCGUAAAUAUUUUCUCUUCAACACGUCAAAGUUGAAAAAUGCGCAUCGGAAUCAAUUAAAGCGCAUGCACAAUUAGCAGAUUGAAAACACAACACGCAAUUUUUUUCCGUUUUGGCGAUUUUGCCAGUAUUCUCCAUUAAAAUAAUUCGCGUUCCAUGCUAUACGCGUGGUACGUAAUAGUACGUUCUAAACUUACACGAUCGCGUGAAUUUCCGGUGUCUGCAGAUGCUUUCAAAAAACAAAAAAAAAAAAACCUGCUCUUUUAUUAUACGUUAUUCUCCGCGCGUUUGUCGCAUUCUAUAUCCAAUAUCGAACUGAAAAUCCACUGCGAGUAGCACGGAAAACACUCGGGUUCGUAUUAUAUAUACACGAUCGUACGUAUUUAAUUUGAAUCGAGUUUGACUCGUUUUUUCCACUUCAGGGUUUAAUCGUGUUAUCGAACAGACCCGAAUUCGGAUUACUUAUUAAACUGUUAAGUUUUUCCUUCGUGAAAUCGAAUGUCUUAAACGUCUUUAGAGUCUGUUCGGGUGAUUUUUUUUCGGGAGUAAGUCGAUUGCAGAACUAAUAUUAAUUGAUUUAGAUGUACCGAUAUCCUCAUUUAUUGUUGGUUUUUUUUUUUUUUAAUUUGUUUUAAAACUUUUGAGAAUCUGAAAAAAAUAUUCAAAUGAAAUACUAUCGGCCGAAAAAUCUCCAUCUUUUAUGGUACAAAGUACAAUAUUGAUCAUUUUAAUCAACCGAAAAUAGCGUUUUCCACGAAAAAAUUACACUCAGAAUUAAAAACAAAAUAUUCUCGUAUGUGACUUUUUUUUUGUUGAUCUGUGAAUUUAACUAAUCAAUCAGUUACUGUGUAUUUUUAGGCCGUUGGUAUGAUUAAAGUAGAGAUGAAUUUUUUUAGGAUUUAAAUUUUGAUUUCUCCUUUUACAUCGCUGUUUAAAUUUGUUUAAAAGAAUACGCCGGUAAAACCGUUCUCUACUUUAGUUUAUAUCUUUUAAAAGAACCAAAGUAUAUAUUAUAAAAUAUAGUAUACGAUUAUAUUAUAAGAAAUUUCUUCAUCAAGAGCGUUAGUGACAUUGAAAUUAUCCGUCCGAAAAAUUAUUUGAAACGCACGUACAAAAAAUAACGGCAAAGUCGAAAAUAUAAAAACGACCAAAAAUAUAAAAUAAUAACGUUAAAUCGUCCGUCUUUUCUUUUGUCAAAUUAUACUUUCAAAAAACAAUUUUACUCUCGUACUCUUGUUUUUCUCUCUUUUUUUUUGUUUUUAUAGUUGUCAAUCUUCAGAGAUCGGUAUGCAACUGCACUCCAUCGGCUGUCGUCCUCUUUAAUUCUUAGUGAACAUAGUAAAUGCGUAUCGCAUCUUUGAUGUUUCGAGGUCUGUUGUAAAUAUUAUGUUUUUUUAGCCUAGUUCAUGUGCACGUGUAGACCACAGGUUCCGCUCUCCAAUGCAAUUAAUAGCUGUACAACAGACCUUCGCGUUUGAUUGAUAUGGCCAAUCAAUUCUCAUCGAACUUUUCAAUGGUUGUUAUUCUUCCAAUAUAGAUGCUCGAUAUUUAUCAAGUCUUCAUUUGUUGCACUCUCUGGCCGGCUUAACGUUAUUCUGUAGCGCGGUGCAAUACCCAGAUAUAGGAAAUUGUAAUCGCACGGUGGCCUGCAGCACGACUUACGCCGCGAAAAAAAAAAACGCCUCGCUUAAAUCCGAUACUGUUCCAAGAAAGUUUCUUGUCCUCGAUAGAAAACCCGAAACCGAACACCUCGAGUCGUUCAGAAAUCAUAUCGGGUAGAAAUGAACAAGGGCCAAAUGGUCGCGGAUAGUUCAUCGCGUUAUAGAGUAGUCUUGUGACGGUAUUAUGAUAUUUUAAAACGGGACCGGUUGUUAACGGCGAAACAUUGUGACCGGCCCCUCGUCGGUUUUCAGACGCGUUUUUUUUUUUGUCUAUUUGUACCGUACGGAUUUCGUUAAACCGUACAAUUAACGUUUCGUUAGGACUUAAUAAUGCUGUAAUAAUUCUUUUUCUUUUCUUUUCUUUUUUCUAAUAUUACACAAACAUUAUUGUGAAGUUAAACAAUUUCGAACCAGCAAACGAACUUUUGUUGGUGUUUUUUUUUUUUUUGUCGUAAAUUAUAAUACUGUUUGUGACUAAGGUCGCGCGUUAGUAUACAGGGUAUCUCACAUAGAUAUAACCAUUGCAAUAUCUCGGAAAGUGUAUAGGUUUGUUGUUGGAGCACUUUGAACAAUCCGCGUAAAAAACUCGUUGCUGCCCGUGCCUACAAUCAUUAUUACCGUAGUAUUAUAGGUAUUGCAUACAAAAUAUUGAAUUUUCAUAUUAGCCCGCGACUUAUUAAACUAUCUAAACACGAGUGUAUUAUUAAAAAUAACACACGUCAUUAUUAUUAUUAUUGCUCGGCCCGGACACGAUUAUUGCGGUUUGCGAGUUUGUAUAAAUUAAAAUUACACCAUCACACGUCAUGUUGUCAUCGACCGAUUUCAUUAUUUUAUAUACUAUAAUAAUAGUGGAAACAUCCGGUCGUCCGGUAUGUUCGUCACCGAUAACGACGACGCGUCGUUGUUUACGAGUUUUUUCGUUUCGUUAUUAUUUUCCGGACGUGUACGAAUAUUAUUAUGAUAAUUUCGCAAAUAAUCUCGACGUUUUACAUUAUAAAACGGCGAAUAUUUCAACACGAAUAAUUAUUAUAUUGUCCGCGAUGGCGGGCUGCGGCCAGGCGGUAAACUUUUAAUAUAUGGGCAGAUUAGACGCGGUAAUCUCUACAAUUGAAAUUAUUAUCUCUGUAGAAACGGUGGAAAAUGAUCAGAUAGCGCCGAUGGGCGUACCGCUGUUGUCGGCGCGAAGUUGCGAAACUGUUCAAUUUCGAAUCCGUAUGCAACGAAAAUCGAUUCUGAACGAAGUUUGCGGUCAAAUUAAUAUUUUGAAAUGAUUGUUUACGGUUUUCGUCGAAAUGUAAACUUUAAGCACGCUCAAGUUUUUUUGGUUGACCACUAUUAGUACAAAUAUUUAUGACGAACUUUGUAUACAUUUCUCAAGUAUUUCCGCUUGAACAAUUUCAUCCGCGUAAAACUCAAUUAUAACUACUAAACAAAUUCAAAAAACUUAAUUGUCUAUAAAUAACUCGAAAUUCGGCAAAACGAUUUGACAAUAUUACUAAGCUUAUAAAGUACGAAUGUAUAAGUAGUCUGUGGAAAAUUCAGGUCUCUUCGAUUAUUUCAGACGAAUAUGAAUCGUAACAGAAACCUAUGAAGAUUUAUGAUGGUAGAACGAUUGUCCGCGCAGAGAAAAAAACAUAUUUCAUAAUAAAAUUAGCGAACAGUAAUUUUACAUUAAAUUCGUAAUUCUCAAUAAAAUCGAACGAUUGACUACUUUUUGUUGAGUUGAUAAAAAAAAAAAAAAUCUCAAAAAUAAUAUCAAUAAUAUUCUAUUUAGAAGAUAUUGUAACGACCAUGGUGUUUAGGGAAAUUCUAAAAGUCCCACGGACUGAACGAACUAGUUUCAAACUGAAUAAAGGAAAAACACCUUCUUUAUGGAAACGUAUUCAAUAUACAGAAGAGAUAAGAUUUAAUAAUUUUACUUAAGGACAAAAGCUUAGUAAAAAUAAUAAUCAAAGGAGACGUUAAAUAAUGCGUGGGUUUCGUGAAGCACGCAAACUGUAGUGACACGGAUCAAAAGAAUGCGCCCAGUUAUGGGAGUUAUGAAGAGCUCAAACAAAACUUAUUUUAGGAUUUUCGACAAUAUCGAAAAAAAACGAAAGACUAUGGAAAUUAUUUCUCGAUAAUAAUAUAAUAAUUAUCACAUUGUUGUGACUUGGAAAUCGAUAUUUAGACAUUCGAUAAUAUCGAAUUGUGUAUACGAGUGCACCCUAUACAUGUAAUAUCGAAAAACGUUUACCUAUUGUAUUCGGAUUUCGUCGUCGGGGGUUAUACUUUCAUUUAAUUUAAAUUUGGAAUAUUUAUUAUGCGUACUGCCGGGUAUACAUUAUAUUAUAGUUGACCGGGGUUACCGGAGCGUCUCGCGUUUCGUUUUUCAAUUAUUAUUUAAAAAUAAUAUUAAUAAUAAUAAUAAUAAUAAUCAUAAAAAAAAUCAAUGCCGUCUCGAUGUGCGUGUGUCGUUACGUGCUGCGUUUGUGUGUGCGAACGAAAAAAUAAAAAAAAAAAAAAAAAAAACCCGCGGUAAAAUAAUAAUACCGGCGCGAUAAAUAUUUGUUUAACCUUAAAACUACGCGCGCGUAUAAAACUUAUUUCGCCGUUCCUUCCUUCCUUUUACUUCCAUUUAAUAUUCCCCGGCCGUUAUUAUUUUUCCGCGAAGAUUUAGACGGGAAAUAUUGCGGGGGCAAAAGUUUUUUCGUUAUAUACCGAUUUAUACCGGGCGCGGUAGAUAGGUACCUAUAUAAUAAUAAUAUAAAUAUAAAUGUAUUUGUAUAGGAAUAUUUCUGUUUCCAGUUGUUCAAUCGAGAUUUAAAACGACAUUAUUUUAUUCGAACAUCUUUUCGCGUCUCUCUCUCUCUCCGGUUCCUCCUACGCGCCGCCCCCUCCAUCGCCUCCGGCGCGUCCUUUACGUAUACGAAUUUUCGUUUCGGGGAUCGUAAAAUGUACGAUUAUCUAUAUCACGUAUCCACACACACUAUCUCUAUAUUGUAUUGAUCUAUGCGCGUGCAGAUAUCACGAAUAAAUACUAUUACAAUAUUACGUGUAGCACGCGCGUUGCGCUCGGUUCACGUACACGCACACACGUGUAUAUAUAUAUUAAUACACGUAAAUAUCCUUCGGCGUUUGAUAUUGCAAUAACGGUAGGCUCGUACGGCCGUCGCGAAUAGGUAUUAUGAUAAUGUGAUCGUAUUAUGUCUCGUAUAAUUUAUCGGACUCGAGAGACUGCAGUGAUAUGAUGUUAUUGCGUCGAGAAAAGUAGCGGACGUCGAAACUCCCGGGCGUUAUUUCGACUAAAUUUUUCUAUAGACUUACAGAACAAAUAAAAAAAAAAAAAAAACCAACGAGACAACGAUAAGUAUACGGUGGAAUUCCGACUGGGGCGUGAACCGGAUACCGCAUCCGGUCAUUUCGGCGAAACAAUUUAUUUAUUUAUUUAAAGAAAAAAAAAAGGAAAAAAUAAUAGCUGAUACUGGAGACGGGUGUGCUACUGUUGUAAGUGGGGAGUUGAGAACGCAGGAUCAUAAAGUAAUUUCAUUUAUGUUUUUACGCAACUAUCGCUAACGAAAAACGAUAUCUCUGAAUUGUCUUAGAUAGUUCAGAAAAUUAUCUGAUGCAGUGUUGCUAUGAACGUUAUUACGAUAAGGUUCGGCCGAACCGAUAUUAUUAUUAGGAUUUGAAUUGAUAGGAUUAUUUUUGGAGACGAGAAGACGUAAAUGACUGACAUUUUGACGUAUAAGUAUACAGAUAAUAUUGUCUGAUCUUUGCUCCGAAUAAAUAAAUUGUUUCGCCGGUUUAUCAUUUCGACAAAAACGAUUCGCCAAAAUGUCUUUUGUCAAAAUGUCCUAGAUCCGUAUGAAGUCAGUAACCACCGUAUACUCGGUGUUUCAUUUAGGGGGUUUCACUGCCCGAAGCGGCAAAAUUUAAAUGAUUUCAAAUGGCGAUUUUCAGAAGAACUGUAAAUUAACGUCGAUAUAAAGAAAAUUAAAAAAAUUUACCAGUGUAAAUGAAUAGCGGGGGAAAAGAAGUGGGUAUUGUUUUUUGACACUAGGGCAUACAAAUCCUACGUAAAUAGUAAAUACUAUUACUAAUGAAAUCAAUCACCUAAUAAUUCUACGUCGUCGCAUAGUUCAUGAAAUUAACGAUUAAUGUCUCGUGGACUAAUCAAUCUGAUUUUUCCUAUUAUAGCAUGUGUUCGUCUAAUCUACGAGGUGAUUUUUCAGAAAUCGGUCGUUUAUUGUAGCACAAAAUGUUUAGACGUACGGACGUUUUGAAGAAAAAAAUCAUCGAAAUUUAUCGUUUUAUUUGUCGUUUCGUAUGAAUAAUAUUGUUUUCGGUAGAUUUCAUGUAAUACGUUGAGUUAUAAUUCAACGAGACCGUUUCCGUUUGUUUUACAUGGCAAACACGUUUUUAAACAUCAUCGGUAUACGUAGUAUGCAACGUAUAUAAAAUUGUACGGUUUUUUUAUUAUUAUUAUUUUUUUAAUUUCAUACGGUUCUCGUUGUGUUUUUGUUUUGUUGUUUCCUCCAUUACUCAAAAACGGUCACAAUAAACUCGGUGCUCGGGCGAUGAGUAGCUCUAUACAUCUAUUUUUGUUUUUCGAGAUUUUAUAUUAUUAUAUUUGACGGGGAGCUUAUUGCAAUAAGGAAUAUCAUCAACAGUAAACAACAAUGUACGACGAUGUCCUUUGCAUAGUAGCACUCAAACACAAAACGUUGUUCGUGCGUUAUUUUAUAAUAAUGAGAUGAAAUUGACAUUAUAAUAUGGUAUAUAUAAUAUGGGAGACGAUAUUAUACGUAGCAUUUGCCAACUCGACUCGAAUAACUGAAUUAUUUAAUACGUAUAUACAUAUACUCGUAUAUUGUAUACUAUCGCAGUACGUCUGCCAAAAAAGCGAAAACUUGUCCUUUGAAAUGUUUAUAAUAAUAAUAAUAGUAAACUGUUGGAUCGGACAGUAUUAUAAUAUCACCUAUUAUUUUUAACGUCGUUACACUUUCGGAAUAUUUUUCUCGAAAAUCGUUUUAUAAGCCUGUUGAACACGAAUACCAAAUGACUUGUGCAACUGCGUGUUCCGUCAAAAUAAUCAGUUGGGCUAAUAACGCGAUUAAAAGGUUUUUUAAUUGUAUUAUUAUCGUUUAUAAUAGUUUCUCUUGAGAUAUUUCAUAAUGUUUAGAAUGCUUUAACCAUCCCCGAUCUAUCUGUCCGUCCGUAUAUUUACUAUAUGUAUAGUAUAUAGUUACGGCUUUUGGUUUUGUUCAUGGAGGGACGUACGUCAUUUGUAACAUUAUUACCAUUCUUAGUUUAAAUGUACCCUAUAGUUGAGCCGUGCGUAAAAAUCGCAUUCGAACGUAAAUUUUCAACUUCAGUUUUUAAACGAAGAGUAGAUUGAACAGUUUAAUUAAAUUAACAAUUCGUUAAAAGAGGGGAACUUAAUCUUUUGAAUGGUAUCUCGUUUAUUGAUUAUGUUUAAGUACAAAGAGAGAACAACGAAUCGUCACAAAAACUCACGUCUUACAAAUAAUGUUUAAGAUUCAUAACAUUAUUGUGAUUGUAACACGAUUGUAACAUUAUUAAAUUUAAUUCGAAUAUUAAACAUGAAAUCUAAAAUUUCAAUUCAUACCUACUAGCCGAUAUAUAAAAAGAUCUGAUACUGCUGAUGCGUAUAGUUACCACUGUUAUAGUUGGGAAGUCGGGGUAAGUAGGUUCGGUUAAAUCGUUACUAACGAAAUAUCUGAGCAAAGUCCGGGUAUACGUGUUUUGAAAUGCUAACAUUUUUACGACUAUUAUUAAAAUUCAAACUUAAAACGGACAUAUAUAUAUAUAUAUAUAUUCAUAAAAAACUACUAAAUUUAGCAAAAUUUUCCCUCAGAAUAUCAAAUACGAGUGUUAGAAAAAUUGUAAAAAUACGUCCUGUCGCCUGUAUACAAAUUGAGAUAUUUAAUUGAUUUCUGUAUCUAUUACACGUAUGAUUAAUAUUACUGUAGGUUAUUAAAGUCUAUCAAAAUUUGAAAUACGUUUAGAAACCGCAAUCUUUGCACGUUCAUCGAAUGGGCUUUCAUUGCUUUAUUUGUUUUACUAACGAUUUUGUUUAAUAUUCGAAUAGAAAAAAACGAAUACUUGUAUAGUUAAUCGUAUAAUUCCCGUCGUUUCGGAGACUCGAUGAUGAUAAUAACAAUAAUAAUUAUUACCGUCGCGCUCGGGGCCGAUUAAAAUUUUCACUUCUCUCGAAGCGAUUAAAACUAAAAGCUUUUGCGCGACCCGUGAAAAAAGGAACGAGCUAUAGGUGUUGUAGGUGCCGAGUCGGAGAAAAUUAAUUUCAAAAAAAUUAUUCUCAAAAUACGCAAUAAUAAUAAUAAUAAUAAUAAUGAUAAUAGGCAUGUAAAAAAAAAAAAAAAAUAAUCAACGCUGCGGCUAAACGUCUCUGAAUUUAUUUAUUUUAAUUUAUUGAAAAUGUUAACGUUUAUUAUUCUCUUAUAUUUCAUUCGUCCGUUCGGAUCCCCGGUAAAAUAAAAUAUUUAUAUUGUAUUUCGAUUGAAAUGAGACUUUUCGCGUUCGUAUUAAUUCUAUUGUUACGAUGUUUAUUAUAUUAUAUUUCGUCGCGAAAAGCAUUUUCGGCGUUAUGACCGUACGGUAUGAUUCGUUUAACGUAAAACAUUUUGCUUACGUCGCAGAGUAUUGAAAUCUUUAAGAUGCAUAUUUUCUCCCUCCACGCAGACAUAAUCGCAGAAUAUCUCGACAACGAGGCUACGGAAAGCACAAACGCCGACACCGAAAUUUAUCUAAACUAAUACUCCAGCAAUUAUGCACAGUACUUGUUAUUAUUUAUAUAGAUGCCGGUGUUUCACAUUAACAUACACAACACUCUGUAUACUUCCGCGUUCUAUAUUUUGUUUAAUAUUCUCCACUCGGCUAUAGGAAUAUAAUUAUUGUUAUUAUGUCAUGUUUCUUUGCACGGCAACUCGGAGAACCGUGUACGGAUAACAUAAUAAUAUAACAUUAGCAAUUGUGUAUCGGACGCCACCAUUUAAAUAGGUUAAGGUUUUUCUUUCCCUCCGUAUAUAAUAUUGUUCUUUUUUAGUUUUGGACGGGAGUAUAAUAAAAUAUUGACAUCUGUGGACAUAUUGGACAGGUACCUACGAUAAUAUAUUUAUAAAUAAACGUUUGUGUGUUUUUCGAGUUGCUCGGCAACUAUAAUACAACUUGCGGAUAUACAGAGUGAUCAAUUUGUCAUGCGAUCUUCUCGACGGGAUUUAAGUUAAUUGAGAAUUCGAUUUCUGUCUGCGAACGACAUUUCUGUAAAUCUUACUCCGGUUUUCGCGUGUAAUGUUAUUUCGGAUGACAGUGAAUUGCAUCUAUUUGGUGCAUUAAUAAACAGAGGUUUUUUUUUAUUAUUAAGUUAGAAUCCGAGUUUAGGACAAGGAUGGUUGACCUCAAGUAACUUGGAUGAACGGGCCAUAGAAAAAUUAGAAUCUUAACGAAAAUCGUAAAAACCGCGAGAUUUCGAAACAUGUUUAACCAAACUUCGCUCCGAAUUGUAUUUCGUCACCAACGAUUUAUCGUUGCGUACAGAUAUAAAUUAAAUAACAUAUGCAUCCUAUACCUUCCAAACUUGCCUCAAUAGUCUACAAUAUCGGAUUUAUUGUUUAUGAAUUAUGAUGAUUCAAACUUCAACCGGAGGAGUAGGGCAAAUGGUAGAAUGUGUUUCAGAAUAAUUCUUUUUAGAUGGAAAAUUCACAACUCCAUAUUUCGGUUAUCCCAAUCUAUGUUAAAAAGGCUAUAUCUAUGCUAAACUCAAAAUUGCACACUUUUUUGAGGUAAAAAGAAUACGGGUGAAAACUUCAUUGAGAAAAAAUGGAGGGAUCUUAAAAUCAUCCGUGAAAAUUGCUGGUUCAGAAUAAAUGGUUCGCACUGUAUACUCUUUCGAAUUAAUUUUUAAAAAACUGUGCAUGCUUUAUUUAAAAAGCAUGUUCUACAAUACAAAUAAUACUAUUUUAAAACCUUAUAUACCUAUUGUCGAUAAAUUGAUCGGUACCUGACCUUAUAAAGUUUGAAAAAAAAAAUAGUAAUAAAUAAAUAAUCUUAUAAUCUUGAUUAUAAAGCAGUUUUUUUCUUUUUAAAUAAUCGGCAUUUUUAUUAUUAAUGCAAUAAAAACGAUCAAUAAAGUGAAAAAAAAAAAAAAAAAAAGGAAACAAUACAAUAUUGAUAAUUGGAUUUAUUAUUUUAUAUAUCAAUAAAAAGACUAAAGAGAUUAUAAUAUCGAUAUUAAAUGUAUUAUUUAUCGAGUAUUAAAUAUUAUUUAUUCACAAAUGAAAAAUUAAUCAUUUUUUUUUUUUUUUUUUGUUUUUUAAUCUUUUUAAAGUUUUUAUUACUACGUUUUUUUUUUAUCCGUCGAAAUUAUGUAGGUACCGUAUCUACAAUAAGGAAUUAGUUUUUCGUCAUCACGAGUUUCGAGAUGAAGAUUAACAAUUUUUUAAUGUCUUGAGAUAAACAAUGGGAUUAUAUUAGUUAUAAUGCUUAUAAAAUAUAACUUCCCUGUAUUUUUCUCACAGUUGAUGGUUAAAAAAAAAAAAUUUAUCUUGUUAGGAAAUAUAAUGUGUAAUACAUAAUAAUAUUGUAUAUAUAUUUAUCGGAUACUAUAAAAUAUAUACGAACGGAAAACAUUCUCAACAUUACAUUUUCAGUAAGAGCUUUAUCAUUUUUUUUUUUUUUUUACACUUGUGCUUUAUGAUGACGACGUAAUUGUGUUGUGAACACCAUAAAAGUAUUAUAAUUUUAUCGCGUCCACGCGAUAAAAUGUGAAGACAUCCGACUACCAUUUUCAAGGCGUUUUAAUAUCAAAUUUAGAUUUAGUAACCUUGAAAACGUGUAUUUUGAUCCAGUGGCGCGGGGUGGGUGUUUUAUUGUUCAAACACCCCUCCCUGACCAUAUUUAUACCAAAAAUUAUAAUUUGUACUAUAUGCAGUUAUGCAUCAAAUUUCUACAAAAUGUGCUGUGUUUCGCAUAGAUAAUUAGUGAGUAUUCUGUUAUGUCGUAUAUGUUCUACGCGUAUAAUAAAGUUACAGAUAAGUUAGAUCUAAAUAGAAAAUAAAAAAAAAACCUAAAAAUAAUCCUGGCUAUGCCACUGUUUUGUCCAACGAAACGAUAAUUUCGUAAUAAAUUUGGAUAGUAUUAGUAUUAAUCAUUUAGAUUCUGAGUGGAGCAAAAGAAGCUUAUAGUUGUUCAAAGAUGUUUAUGUUUUUAACUUUGUAUAUUUUUUCCACCAGAAGACUUAUGUAGUUCUUUUUCUGAAAGAUAAUCGGCGUCUGGUGGUAUCUUAAGGAGGUCCAUGUUUCGAUUUUCUCAGGAGUUUUCCCAUAAAAUUUGAAAAAUCGUAAAAAAACGGGAAAAUGUACAAAAUAAUAUAUUACUAAAAUAUUACGAUUUUUUUUUCCUGAGCAUAACUUUUCUACCAGUAAUUUUGCUCCAACAUUGUAUAAACGCACUGUUUUUAAAAGGAAAUUUCACUAGAAAGGUCCUGUAAAAAGCUCAUGAGGCCGGGAGUUUUCUCAUCAAAUGUGAAAAACCUAGAUAAAUAUGGGAAAACCGUAGGAAAACUGGGAAAACAGUACAACAUUAAACACCUAUUAUUAAAGAAAAUAUAUUAGGCCUAUUUAAGUAUUUUACUACAAAAUGGCAUAUGUAUUGUUGACAAAGCAGCACUAUUAACUGAACUCAGAAUCGUUUUAUCGUAAGCUAUGGUUUAUCGUUGCUUACAGGUAUACAUUAAUAAUUACCUAUAACUACCUAUAAUUACCUAUAACCGAGGCAGCACCCUUUCCCAUUAUCCUAGGACUUUUUUUUUUAUGUCUUGUAAAAUUAUAUGUUUUUAUUAAAAUGUAUUAUAUACAAUUUUGAUUUAAAAAAAAAAAAAUGUACUUAUAAGUAAAUACCUAAAUUGCCGGGCAGCUUAUAUUUGGGAGAAUAUAAAAAAUAGUAACUACGUUCAAAUGUGAAGUUUUUUGAACAAUACCGAAAAUAAUUAGUAAUUUUUCAAAUACUACAUAUUUUUAAAUUUUGUUUCGAUAUUCUGUCUCACUGUGGGUGGACUGAAAUCAAAUUUCAACAAAAUCUUCAUAUAGACAUAAUUUCGGCCGGUUCUUCAUUAUUGUCGAUUUUGGUAGUUCAACGUCAUUGCUCCCGUUUUCAAUAUAUUUAUGGUAGAAAAUCUAUUUUAAUUUGAAAUUAAAUCGGUCUCUCUAACAAUAUUGAUUCUAUACGUCAAUAUAAUAAUGUCAUCGGUUGCAGGACAACAUCUAGCGUUAUAUUUUGCCUACCGUCCGCGCAUAUAUCGUUCAGUAUAGUUUAAUAUUAUAAUGGCAUAUUGUUGUCUAGGAAAUAGUUCAAUUUGGAGAGUAAAUCGAAUUUAAUACGUUCGAACGAUACAAUAUAAUACCCGUGUAUUAUUACAAUAAACCUAUAGUUAAAACCUAUUUCGGAAACAAAAAUAAUGUUAUCUCGGUAGGAGCGAUGAUUUAAAAGAUUAACGAACGCCUAAAUAUUCGAUUAGCAUUAAACCGUUAAACAGGUAUUUCGUUAAAAUAAUUUACCACCCUUUCUCUUUUCCCCUUUGUCCGAAGGUAUGUUAAUGUAUAUUUGGAACCGUCCUAAAAUAUAUUAGUGGCGAUAAUGGCAUAUGCAUUGUGGCGGUUUAACAUAUUUCAUUAUUGCCAGCUGGAAUUCAAAUUUGACAUUAAUUUGAAUAUUUUACUCGGCAUUUUUAGUUGUUCGUAAUUAUGUACAAAUUUGCCUAAUAUAGGACGUCAAUUAGACUAUAAUAUGUCCAAAAAAAAACAAUUCUUACCUACAGUUAAGAAUCAUAAAGUGUGUAUAUUUAUUUCGAAUAUUCGACUAUCUGUUUGAAUGGGUACGGACGUCUGAUGAAAAUUUUCGAUCAAUUUUUACUGUGCUCCUAAGAGUGUUUUCUGGUGAGGGAGAGGGAAGAACCAAGGAGUGACAAAAAUCACCGCGAUUAUAAAACUAUAAUAAUACGGGUACGGAUUUCCAGUCAUUAAAAAACAAUUGAAAAUAAUUUUCAGUAAAGCAAUUAAAACAAUGAAAAUCCUAAAAGAAAAGUUCAAAAAUAAAUUUUAAGAUCCAGUUAUUGUUUUAAUUUUUCAAUAUUUUUAUGAAGUUCGCCUGUAUUGAUCAAAUUUAAUAAUUAUUUGACCAUUUUCCCGAUAUCCUAUCAAACUGAAAUUGUGCACACAGCUUUUUAGUUCUGAUGACAAUAUCAUUUGAAAAAAAAAAUUUAAUUAAAUCAGUUGUUGUUAAAAUCCAUUAUUUAAAAAAAAAAAAAAUUAUAUUUUUCAAUAUUACUUCAAAUAACUAUAAAAGUACUCUUAUUCUAUUGUACACACUAAAAUUGGUUUUUGCUCUUAAAAUGUAUUAUGAAAAUGUCGAAAAAAAAAAAAUGUUAAAGAGUACGAAAUUCAAAAAAUCCCUGCAAAAUAAAAUCGUUUUCAUUUAUUAUUACUUGUUCAACGCUACACAAAUCGUAAAUAUAUAUUUAACUGCCAGCGAACUUACGUUUUUGAACUUCAUCUAUUAUUUAAUAUAUCUACUCUUUUAGAAUAAACGUCAUAGAAUAAUACCAUUAGAAUCUCCCUUCCCGCAGUAAAGCCUCCCCGAGAUCGUCCAUGUUUGCUUUUAUUUUUAUAUAACAACUCAUUAUUUAUAAUUACAUAUAUUAGGAUUAUUUUAGCCUCUAUUCCCCCCCCCUCCAAAAAAAAAAGUACCAAAUCUUUCUAAAUACUAUCAUUCUACUAACGUCCUUUUACCUCUUCGGCAACGUCCAUCCGUCCAGCUUUUACUAUUUUCUUAUAGACCGACCACGAAGUCUCGUGUCCGUAGAUUUCAGAUAUUCAGAUAUGCCCGUAUCAUCAUCGCUUUCGAUUUUGAGAAAAAAGAAACGAAUUCAAUCGCUUCGAAAUCUAUACUCUAAUGGUAUUACAAAUACUAUAUGUACGUAGAUUUGAAUAUCCACAUUAUAUGCUUGCUAUUAACAGUAAUAGCUAAACAACUAAAGUAGUUGUCAUAAAUUUAGCUAACAUAAAUCAGUUUGACAAUAGCCAAUAAGCAAUUAGAUGUGGAUAUUUGAGAAAAUUCAUUGUUUUCGAUAAUCUAUGAUAGAUUAUCGAAAACAAUACCAAUAAUUCUUGUUUCGUUAUUUAUGUAUGUAAUAUAAGAUUAUUAUAUUAUCCUAAUACCGUUAUCUAUUUGUAUUAUAUGUUACCUACUUGUUUAGAUUCUGAUUGGGGCGAGAAAUGUAUUGGUUUUACAAUGAUUAUUUUAAAUUUGUUUUUUUUUUUAAUGUAAACACUUUUUCUACCAGAAAGCAUACUCCGAUUAUGAAGUAUAACACCUCUUAGCACCUUUUCUGAAAGGAAAUGUUCUCAGGGUGGUAUUUCUUUAGAGAGGUCAUUUUUUGAAAUUCUCAUUGACAUUUGAGAUAAUAAGGAAAACCUGGUUAUUUAGGUUAAAAAAAUUGAAUAAUUAAAAAUAAAAUCGUCAUUAGCAAUUAUUUUUAUUUAUUUUUUGUAAUUAUUAGGUUUUUAUUUUUUUAUUAAAUAAUCAUUGUUGUCAUGGAAACCACAUUGUUGUAAUCAUUUUACCAUAAUAUGACGUAUAUAUAUAUAUAUAUAUAUAUAUAUUGUUGAUAAAGGAAAACAAUUAACUGAACUCCGCUCAGAAUCGUUUUUUGUUAGCAAUGGUUUUGUCAUUACUUACAGAUAUAUACAUUAUAUUCUCACCUGUACCCUACCUUCCUAACUUCCCACCUACAAAAGUGAUUGCACCCCACGUGCGAAGUAUGUCAGUCCUCUUUUCUUUUUUUUUUUUUUUUGAUUAUAAAAUAGUGUUUUGUCAAAGGCGGUCUAGACGGUCGGCGCCGCAGUUCCCUAUUAUUAUAACUAAUUGGUUUGUGAUAAUACCAGAGUGUCACUUAUUAUUGAUAUUCAUCUAAUUAAUGUUAAUUUUUGCAAUGCCUCGAAAAUGGUUAGGCAUAUACACAAUUUAAAAUGUAACGCCAUAAAAUAUGCUGUUAUGAUAAUAAUUAUUAAUAUGUGCGCGUGCACAAUAUUUAUACGUGCGUGCGCGCAGAGCGUGUUUGUUUGUAGAUACUUUAUACGCGUAUUAUCGCGUACGCGAAAAAAAAAAUAGAAUUUAAACGAUAAAUAAACAUACCAACGCGUAUGAUAUUGUAUUUUAAAUAGUGCACCUAGGGUAUCUAAACGUAUUAUUAUGAUACAUAAAACUUCGUGUUUAACAUCAUAUACGACGCAAAAGAGUGCGAGGCGCAAAGAAUUGGCGCAGACAAUACAAUAUAUUAUUGUAAUAGGACGUGAACAAAAAAUAAAUAAAUUUAAAAAAAAAACACCCGAGGCUUAUACGCGUAUAAUAUUUUUACAUAAUAAUAACAAUAUAUACGACACGACUUUUUCCUUCCCCUCCCCCACACAUACUUGUGUUAACAAAUAACUCCCGGGUUUCGACUCGUAAGUCGUACGAUAAUUAACUCCGUGCCGAGACGCUCUUUUAUACGCAGCCGGGUUAUUUUUUUUAAGUCGUUUAGCGACAUCGUUUGUAUAAUUGGUAUUAUGCUCUCUAUCCUUUGGCUUCUCGUUUUUCUUCUUAACAAUUCGUGAUACGAUCAUUUAUAUUAGGAUAUUUUGGUUUCAACGGUUUAGUUUAUUAAUGUAUUACGGGGCAUUUUUUUUUUUUUUUUUUUAAGAGGUUUUAUGCGUCUCUGCGUUCAAAUGGACACACAGUAACGACUUUGUACACUCAGUAGAGUACAUUUUUGAUGAUUAAAUGAUUAAAUCAAUAGAUGUUUUUAAAAAAUAUUAUAUUAUUUAUUUGUAGGAAACACUCUCACUGGUGCCGAAAAGAGUUAUUUUUGGUAAAUACAAAAGUUAAGAGGAAGAUUUGAUCUUUUAUCUGUACGCAACUUUUCUACCAGAAAACUUGUUCCAAUUUACAACGAUUGCACUUUUUCUGAAAGAAAAUCUAACUUGUGUGGUACUUUAGAGAGGUCAUUUUUUGAUUUUCCUAUGAGUUUUUCCAAUAAAUGGGAAAAACAUGAUAAAAACGUGAAAAAAAAACAAGAAAAUAGAUACAAUAUUAAACAAAUAUUAUUAAAGAAAAUACAUAAUGCAUGUUAUAAUUUGACGAUAGUGUGACAAAUAUAUUUUUGACAAAGCAGCGUUUUUAACCAAACUCCUCUCAGAAUCGUUUUUUUCGUUAGCGAUUGUUAAUCGAUGUGCAAAAAUAUACGAGUACAUUUAAUUUCCCAUCUACCGUUCCAAACUUUUCAUCGAGUUUUGGAAUUUUUUUGUCUGUGUUAAAUUCACAGCCCUAUAAUAAUUGUUUUUGUAAUACUGUAUAUUUCAAUCAGUGGUGGCUUUUAAGAAUAAAAGACCCGUGAUAGGCGUCGAUGAUAUGGACGUCGAUUGACUAAAAUGCAACUAUAUGUCUGUAUAUAAUGGUAUACUCUCUAAGUGUUUUCCGGUCAUUAAAAUCUCCCUCGACAUAUAUUCAUUCGCACUGAAUCCAAACCGAUCGAGAUUAUUUUCGACAAUAUCCAGCUAUCUUUUUAUGAACCGACCUCAAAGUUUUUUUCCCAUUGGUUUCCAAUUCACGAUUGUUCUCCUUAUAUUAUUUCCACUAUUCUGCAUAGUAACGGCGCCGGGGGUGGGCCAAGGUGGGCCGCGGCCAGACCUCAAAUCAUCCUGGAUCCCGGCUGGCCCACCCUGUAUGAUUACAAAGUAAUUCUGUUUUACAUUACAUAUCAUAGGUCACACAUAGAAAAAACAAAUGCGUAGAAAUACAAAGAAAUGUAGAGAUCAUAGUUACUGUAUAUUUUAGAUCCUGAGAGUAGCGAAGAAUGUAUUGGUUUUAUAAAGGUGUUUAUUUUUUUUUUUUUUUAUGUAAACACUUUUUCUACAAGAAAACUUACUCCGAUGCAUACGAUGUAGAUCCUUUUCUGAAAGGAAAUUUUUUUGGGGUGGUACUUAAAAGAGGUUUUUUGAUUUUUUCAAGUUUUCUUAUAAUAUGUGAAAAACCGAGCAAAACAUGGGAAAACCAGGAAAAACAUGAAAAUUGGUAGAAUAUUAUUAUUACUAAUUUUUUUUCAAUAAUAAUCUCCACCGAUUGAUACAUAGGUAUCAAGAAAAAUGUUGGCUUUCCUCAAAAAAUGUGGGCUUCAGCUUGACCAACCCGAUUUAAAAGUUCUGACUCCGCCACUGAAUUUCUGCAUCAUCCACAUCCGUUAAAUCUUCUGUUCCCUCAUGAAGCUGAUAACAUUAUGUCAUUUCCAUCACUUCCUUUAGUUCUUGAGUCUUUGUUAAAUUUCCUCAUCCACGGUCAUUUCUCGUUUUCAUAAACAUAAACAUAAAUAUUAUAGUAAAUUGUUAAACCCGCUUAUAUGUUUCACAUUUUAUGUUUCGUAGUAUCGGUAGCAAAUGUGAAUGGAAAUUGGUGUUAGCUAAAUUUAAAAAUAAAAAAAAACUUUUUCUCCCUCAAUAAAAUGUGUUUUAUUUACACAGCCGAUACGCGCUAUACAUAUUAACGAAAUGUUUAAUCCACUUACGCGAUAAUGCAUACAGUGCAUCAGUCACGGGUGUUGAGCCCGCACGAGCAUUUUUAUUUUGUUUUUUUUUUUCUAUGCUUACAAAAAUAAUAGAACUGAAUUGUAUUUCAAUGUAUACGGACAAAAACGUAACCGAAAUAGAAUUUGUCUGGUUAAAAGUUUUUUUUAGUUAAAAAAAAUGUCCGUGAAAUUAUUAAAAUAUUGAAGUGGUGUUAUCUCGUUUACAUUUGGCCCGAUGCCGUUAAAAAAACAUGUCUGACCUCUUUUGGCUAUGACAAAAAAAAACGAUUGCAAGUAUGAAUUAAGCGCGAAUUUUCGUCGAGAAUUCGAGGUAUAUCAUAAUAGUCGUGAAUUUGCAUAUACUUAUAACACAAUUGUCUCGUUUUAAAUAAAUCAUAUAAUAUGUUACAGUAAAAUACUUCAAACGAACCGGACGCGUGCUAAGUGGAGUCGAUUUGAUUUUCUAUAUAAACCGCCAUAAAAAAACUUUUAUAUAAAAGCGGUUUUAGAGUUAAAUUACUCGUAUCAUGAAACAAAUAGUGAAAAAACAUAUUUUAUACGAGGUGACAUACGUCACUACUGGUUUUUUUUUUUUUUGAAAUUAUUAUUUAAAAAAAAUGUACAGUUGUAACGAAAAUUCUAAAAAAAAAUACCUGUUUUUCGUUCAUACACGCCAUAGAAUUGUUUUUCAACAAACAAGUAACAAAUUUAUUCAUUCUUUGUGAGAAUAAGCGAGUUUCCCGCACGUUUUUCCUCCCUGCAAUUUUAUUAUUGAAUUAUAUACUAUAUUCGAUUUCUAUAUUAUGCACACUAAUGUAUCCACACGUGCGUGCAUUUUAUUGCAGAACACCGUAUUACUAGAUUAAAUAAUUGCGUAUAGUAUGACGCAUUAAACAAAAUUCUCACGGUAGGACGAAUACUCAAAUUUAACGGUACGUCGCAUUAUUGGACCUAUCCCUGUUAUUUGUGCCUUCGAUAAUGACACGGGUCGAACAUUUUCGAAAAUAAUUAUUAUUGUGAAACGCCAAAAACGUUAUCGUCUAAUAACAACAACGCGGAUGUUUUAUCACGAAAAGCCCGCUUUGACAGGCGAAAUUUCUUUUCAGUAUUGCCUCCUAGGGGACGAUAUUUCCUGUACACACGGCGUUAUUGUAGUACCAAAGGUAUGCAUUUCGGGAUUUCUAAUUUGCCGUCACCGUACGUAUGAUUCUCAUGGUACGGCGGUUUUUUUCGAGUCGAUGUUUAUGUCCCGUAAUAACGAGGAACACCGGGCGACCGAGAAUUACGACUACUAUAAUAUUGUGGCUGUAUUAUUAUAGUCGUAAUACAAUUUGCAGUUGACCGAGUCGCAUAAUAACUUUACGCCGCGUGUAAAAUAUAAUAUUAUGUCGUCGUCGUCUAGUCGCGCCGUGUCAGUCAAUACUCCGGCAGUAGUCAUGACUACUAGAAGUCAAUGUAAAAUCAUACACGUAUACCUACGACUACACUUACGUUUUAAUAUUAUACCGUACAUUAUAUUAUAAUACUAUAGCUGUCCCGUCACACAGUGGUCUAUAUAGUAAAUUUACGUGGCAAAAAGUCCCAGUUUUUUUUUUUUUUUUUUCAAUAUUGUUUGUUCUAUAUAUCCCUUGAAAACUCAAUAUUCAGGUUCGAGUUUCUACAUAUAUAUUGAAAUAAUCCGCAGCCUUCGGAAAAGAAUAAUAUUUUUACGUUUUAUCAAUAUUUCAGCAAAAUUAAUAAUUUUUAAUUUUUUUUUUUUUAUUUAUUGAUUUUCUUUUACCUACUUAACGCUUGUACUUUCAAAUCAUCAAUAUGCGAUAUUUAAAACAUAUUUUUUGUUGUGAUUCAGUUAAAAAUAUUUGUAGAAUUUGAAGUUUCACAGAUAGCUUUUAUUUGUCUUUUCUAGAUACGGUUUAAUUUUCAAAGUAUUUUAGCGAUUUUUGAACUUUUUUUAGGCAUUUUAUGUUCACAACUUGUAUACGUAGUUUUUAUUUGGUAGGCGAUAUAAUUAUUUGACGAAACAGAAAUGCUUGAAAAAUUAACAGGAAGUUCAUUUUCCUUGGUACAAAUCAUAAAGAUUACAUGCUUUCAAAUAGUGUGUAAACAAACUUCGCUUUGAUUCGUUAUUCGUUAGCAAUGGUUUAUCGUCGUAAAUAAAUUAAAUAACUCUACGCAUCCUAACAUCUCAAAUUUCCGCCAAACACCCAUGAUAACAGCGUGUGCCGAAAAUUCGUCUGUUUAUCCGCAGGUCGCCCACUUUGAAGGUACAAAAGAUUAUAUAAAAAUACACUUCAGAAUAGGUCUCCUCCCCUACAUUUUUCAUUUUAUACUGGUUUACACGUGGCUUAUUAUGUACGAGGACGUCGAUGUCUUUUAUCGAGGAUUGAUCACCGCGUAUAAUAUGUGUAUAUAUAUAUAUAUAUCGCUCAGAUCGUAUUAAACGCCCGUUAAAGAACCCAAUUAAAUAACGCGAAAAAAAAAUUGAAAAGCCUUGCCUUCGGUUUUUGAAAAGAAGAGCGCCAGCGCGCUCGAAUAAGAUAAAUCAGAAAUGCGGGGAAACGACAACUACAUAAAAAAAAUAUCUGUACUCCUCUCGUACUCGGGCGCGUAGAGGGGUUCGUUAAUAUUAUUACCGCGCGUUUAAACGGCAUAGACGGCUGAUGCUAUACGUGCUCGUCUUAUAACACGCGUCUAAAAAUAUAUAGGAAUCGGUAGAAUAAUGCGUAGUGCUCCUCCUCCGGACGGACGCGUAAUUUUACACGGUUGUCGCCUGUGCUGUUGCCCGACUCGUUCGUCUCUCUCUCUCUCUCUCUCUCUCUCUCUCUCUCUCUCUGGGAUAUAAUAAUAUAUUAUAAGCCCUAAAAUAGAACGGCUGCGGCAGGGACGGCACGAGAAAAAAAAACUGUUGUUGCGUUUAUAUAUUAUUCCGUUUUUAUCUCUUUCCUACCUACUACCCGCGUGUAUUAUUAUAUAUAUACAGUGUACACGGUUUAUAUCGCUCGGCGGCGGCGUGAAUUAAUUCAAGCAAGAAAUACGGCCAGAUAAGUGCUAUAAUACAAAAGGGGGCUCCUUUCGGUUUGAUAAACGACUCGAGAUAAAAAGAGAGAGAAAGAGAGAGAGAGAGAGAGAGAGAGAGUGAGUGUGAGAGUGAGAGAAAAGAAAGGAAACCUCAUAGAGCCCGAAGCCGCCCUCCGAAACGACGCCUCUUCGUUUUUCGAUGCGAAUUUCGGAGACGUGCACAAACAGCGUUUAAUUCACGACCGAUAGUCGUUAUUAUUAUUCUUUUAUUUCUGUGUAUACAUACACGAGUGUUAUAAUAAUAUAUUCGACCCGUUCGAACGGUUGUUUUUCCCUUCGGAAAAUCGCCGAUGGUCGCGCGGACAUAUAGAGCAGAGCCAGAGUAUUAUUAUUAUUAUUAGCUAGGUAUAAUCGCGCUACCGUGGUCCACUCGGCACAAUAAUACAUGUCCGUGUUUUGCGAGGAGUGGAUAGAGUUUAUAUUUAGACGUGGUAGAGAAAAAAUUUAAAAAAGAAAAUUUUCCGGCCCAGCCUAACAACGAUCGUUAAAAACGAUACUUAACGGCGGGUGCAUAAAAAAUAUACCGUCCGUAUAUAUAGAAAAGAUAACAUAACGAAAUGUCGUAAAUUUAUAAAAAAAAAAAAAAAACAUUACAUAACGCUGCGAAAAUCGCGGUUACUGUACUACAGGAAUGCGAUGAUAGUCGUCUAUCCGAAUUCAGGUACUUCGGAUAAUAUAAGUGCGUAAAAUUAAAGUAACCAAAAAAUCAUUAUUGCUUUACACUCUUCCGUUUUUCCUGCGUGUUUUCUCGAUUAUGUAAAUCAAAAAACGGCUUUCCCAAAUCAUAUAAUCAUAACUAAUCUUAGCCCAAGGUACAGUUUGAUUUCUGAAAAAGUGCUACGCACUUGAAACGGUUUUCCAGCUCACUCGACUGUUUUUUUUUUUCCCCCAAAUGCGUGUCUCAUCUGUCAGGUUGCGCGCAAAUGUCCAUUAAAUAUUUGUAAAACAUAAUUCCGUGCGUGGUGUUUUCGACGAUGUUUUUACUCGCGGCGUUUCGUCGUGAAAUUCCCAUUUCAUUCGUGGCACCCUAUACGAUUUAUCGCGUAUAAAUAUAAUACAUUAAUACCCGUCUAUGCUGUAUACGUGCGCGUGUGCACAUAAAGGGGGCUGUUCAACGCCGAUAAAAUAAGACCUCGUGUCGUAUCGAGGGACUCCGCGAUAUUGCGGUAUGAUAUUAUAAUUCUACUAUCUUUAAACGGAAAAGAAAAAGUAUUUGCCGAAAUAAUAAUAAUAAACCCAAUAUACGAUACGUAUGAUAAUAAUAUUGCGAUGACUCACACAAACUAUGGUCGAUAAACCUGGUUAGUGGUGACGCACACGAGUAUAAACACGAUUACUACGGCAAAUCAACAAAUGCGCGAACAAACCGAUUAUUUAUUAUUAAUUUUCAGAUUCGGGGCGUAACUAUAUCACGUAACAUUACUAUAAGACGACAAGACAAGCGAUUUUUCCCCCUUCGGAAAUCGAUUCUUUCGGUUAACAAAAGUACGCCGAUAAAACGUUUCCCUAAACGACGCGGACUACUCGCUCAGCGGGACUGUAUUCGAAAUCUUUCUCCGAGAUUUUUUGGUUUUUCUAAAGAAAAAAAUUACAGGUCUAUAACCGUAUUGAUUAAAGUCCGUCGGUCUUUGAUUACCGUGCAACUUGCAGUUAACCGGACCUCCAUUCAAUACUUAACUAUCGAGAUUUAAUGGUGAUCAGAUAAUAUCACAAUCAGCUCUUGGCGAAUAACAUUCGAAAACUGUUUUAUAAUCUCUUUGACAAAAAUUACUAUGCAUUAAGCAUUAGUUAUUAGGCCAACAGUGUAAUAUGCAUGUAAAGUAUUUGAACAAAAAUGGAUUCUGACGGAAAAAAAGUUAGGAGUUUUGGAAAGAAAAAUAUUAAAAAUUUACUCGGACCGAAGAAAAUUGACGAGACGAUAAGAAAAAAAUGAAGCAAAUGGAAGAACAAAAUAGAGGAUCGCAAACAACAAUGGUCUUGAAAAUCACUAUGGCACACUAAGCUGCGGGCCGAACAUAACAUGCGUGGAGAUCGGAAUGAUUACUUGGACUAAUAGCAGUCGCGAGAUAUCAAACUGCUAAGAAGACGUUCAAUAGACACAACAUUAUUGGCCAAAAUCAGAAAAGAUUUAAGAUUGCCAGUUACAGUGGACGACGAAGAGACAGCCGAGAAAAUGGAGAGACAGAAGUGGGUGCGACCGCAGAUUCUUCUUCAUUUGAAAACAAUUCAAUUCUCAGAUUGAUUCGCAGAUUAGCUCUACUCAUUUCUGUCGUCCGGCUCUUUUCUCUUUAAUUUUAAAUACGAUUUACAACCUCAAUAUUUCAUUAAUUUCUGUGUAUCAUAUUUUAUGCUUGGUUUUCCUACGCGAUUUUUUCCUUUAACGGACCUUUCUGUAAUUAAUUUCAACGAGUUUUCAUGUCUGAUUAUAUGUUUUCCGUUGCCCAAAUGGCUAAAUGGUCUCUAAAAAGCUUUACAUACAUUAGCGAUAUAUUCGAUUUGCCCGCUCGGACAAAAAAAAUCAAGAGUGUCGUCGAGCUGCGGGGAGAAUAAAAAAAAAAAUUAUAAUAAAUACGAUAAUAAUAUUAUUAACUAUCGGUUUUGUAUUGUGCGUCCAAUAAUAAUAAUAAUACGAAGGGCAGAACGCUGAAACCCUUCGGUUUUUUUUCUCUCUCCGGGGGUUUUUUUUUUUUUGUCUGAUAAUAAUUAGGACUUAUUGAACGCAUUGUCAUAUUAUUAUUAUUUUUAUACGGCGGAUAUAUUUCGAAGAUACAAAACCGUAUAAAAAAUAUAUAAAGGCCAAUAAUAUUAAUUAAUUUGAUGACCAUUCUCCCGAUUUUUAAAUGCUCUUUUUUUUACCCUCCGUUAAUGACGUUAUAGAGACGGGGCCAACGACGAGGGCUCUACAGCAGAGAUGCGUUUUUUGUUUUGUAUUUUUUUAAUGGAUAUUUAUUACCGAUUUAACGCGAUCCGAUAAAUCCGGCGGCGGCGUCGGUGGUCUAAUGCGCAUAUUAUAUUAUUAUACCUACCGAUUCGUGCGGAUUUCGUGCUGUGUGCAUGAGGGUACGAUUCGGUUAAGUUAUUAACCGAUCGCGGCCGUAUUAUAACUGCUGUGAAUAAAUCAACGCUGAAACCAUCGAAAACCUCCCCGAAAAUAAGUACAAGUGUGUAUACAGCAUUAUUAUGAGUAAAACGAAUUAUCCGGAUAUGUUUAAACUAAACUAAAUCGAAUACAUAUAAUAAUAUCAUCUCGCUGCGCAUUUUGUAUUGGACCGGAACGCACAGGUAAAAUAUGUAAAAUUCCUCGAUAUCUAUUAGAUUAGAGUCUAUUGAUGUUUUAGAUUCUAAAUCGAGCGAAGAAACUUACGGUUUUACAAAGAAGUUUAUUAUUGGCUUUUUGUUUUAUUAUUAUUAUUUUAUUUGUGCGUUUUCAGAAAUCUUACUCCGAUUUAUACGUGUAGCACCUUUUCUGAAAAGAAAAUUUUUCCGGAAGUUUUCUCAAUGAAUUGGAAAACCAGAAAAAAAUGGAGGAAAAUAAACGAAAUUUAUUAGUGAAAUAUUAUGGUCUUUAUUUUUUCCUACGGAUAACUUUCCUGCCAGAAAAUAGCAAUAAUAAGCAUAAUAAGCAUAAGAAUAAUACAAAUAAUUAUAAUUAUAAUAAUAAUGAUAAUAAAAAGAAAGGUAAGAUAAUGGAAAGAGGUGCAGCCACUGGUGUAGGUGGGAAGUUGGGAAGAUAGGAUAUACGCGGGAAUUUAAUGUAUAUCUGUAAGGAAGAUUGGUUAUAUGACUGGAUGAUCAUAGAUAUCGAAUAAACAUAAAUAAUGACAAUAACAAUAAUAAUAAUAUAUUACGUCAUUAAAACGUAUACGAUUUGGAUUAAAUGUACAAUAAACAUUAAAUAAAAUAAAUUCAUUUUCAAAAUAACAUACAAGUAUAAGAAAAUUACAACCCUCCCAAAAAGCAAAACUUGUGGUCGGGGUGAUCGAGUUCAAAAAGUCGACAGUUUUAAGGUAUUAAAAUAAACUUAUAAUAGACAAAGUAUAAAUUAUACAUUACUAAUUAAAUUAAGCAAAAAACGAAUACUACGAUAAAUUUUAGUUAUUUAAAUCUAAUGUAUACAAACAGGUAACUAUCAUUGAUUUUAUUUUAAAUCUAGUAAUAUCUAUAUAGUUAACUUGUAUACAAUUUAAAUUACUUAAAGUUUUUAAACGCGUAUAAUAAUAUACCGUAUAUGACUUGCCAAUUUAAAUUUCCCAUCAAACGUAACACCCAAAUACUUCGUUAAAUCUGCAUUACGAAUACCUAUAAGCAUGAACAAUUACUCGACUGUGAACAGUUAAAGCUAUGGAUCAUUUAAGUUUCUGUAAAAUCAAAAGAUGCAUUUGAUGAACGAAAAUAUACGAACAUACCCUCGAGGUGUGACAGAAAAGUAACGAGAUUUUUUGAAUAAAAGUACUUAAUUUAAAAAUUGUAUAAUUUAAUGAUUAUCACCUUUCAAAGUAGUUUCUCUCAGCAACUACAUACUGUUCCAUACAUCGCUGCCAUUCAUGAAAGCAGUGCUGCCAAUCACUUUUAGUAAACCCUUUUAGAAGUCCUGACGUUUUCAUUUUAACAUCAUCAACCGUUUGAAAAUAGUUCUUUUAAUGAACUUUUAAUUUUUGGAAAUGGAAGUAGUCUCAAGGCGCAAGGUCUAUCAAUUAGGGGGGCAUUGUAGUACGGACAUAUUUAUUUCAGUCAAAAAACGUUGAUUCAAAGUUACAUUUUUAGGGACCAUUUUUGCACGCGAUUUGUUCAUACUUAAAUGUUCAACUGAAAUUCUACGAACACUUUUUCUAUCAAUAUUAACCGUCUCUACUACAGCUCUAACAGUUAAUCGACGAUCUUACUGAAUAAUUGUGUCGUUUUUUCAACGGUUACCUUUGUUGAAGACGUGGUAGGACGCUUAAAACAAUGGCCGUCUUCGACGAUGUCUCUUCCGUUACAAAAUUUUUUAUGCCAUUCAAAAACACGAGCUUAUGAAAAGUAUUCUUCACCAUAAAUUUCGUUUAACAUUAGAAAUGGUUCCACGGUACUUUUUUUUUUUUAAUUUUAACAAAAAAUGUAACGUUAACAAUUCGCGAAAUCUAAAUAAUUCCAGCAAAAUAGUAGAACACCCACUAAUAAAAUAACAAGGCUAAUGAAUAUAAAAAAAAAUAGGCCGUUUUCAUAAAUACUAAUAAUACUCUUUGAUAAGUGUUUCCUAAUCAUAUUUAGUAAUCGCUUAAGUGAUAACGUUAAUUGUUUAGCUUAUGUAUAGAAAGUCUCGUUAGUGUUCUGUCACACCUCGUAGACUUAUUUAAAUAUUAUUAGGUAUUUAUACAUAUUAUUGUCUAGCUAAUUUUUAACUAUUUUUAAACAGAAAGUUGACAAUUCCUUUAAUUAAUGUGUGAAUGACACACUGCUGUUCGCUUUCACUAAAUUUACCGCACCAUACAUAUAUAAUAAUAUAUUAUAUCGUACAUUUUGCCUAUAUCUAUUUCAAGAGUGAAACUUUUAUUUGACAUUGUUCAAUUUUCGAUGAUUUUGUCAAAAGCGUCUUUGUGGUCAGCGAGAUGUUUUCACAGAAGGUGAUAGGUUCAUUAUAAAAUUUGAAGUCUUUAAUUAUCGUAUUCCGUUGCAUUUUUUUUUUUUUUUAACUCUUGUGCGGCCACCGGAGAAUAAUAAACGAUGAAAUUAUAUAAUCGUUCUGCUCGAUGCGAGAACGCGUGGAAUUUAAUAUUUGAUAAUAUUAUUUGGGAAACGGUAUUAUUGUUGCGAUCCGCCCGUUCGCCAUAUCAUUAUUAUUAUUAUUAUUAUUAUUAUUAUUAUAUCCAUUUCGAAAACGGGAUCAUUAUCUGAAAAUUAAAUGUCUCCCGACCGACGCGCGACGGUGGCGUUACUUUGUAUUAUUAUUAUCAGACGAUAAACAUAAUAAUACAUUAUCCCUGGAAACGAUAACGCCGCCGUCUCCGUGGGUCACGUUCCGGGGGCGACACCGAAAAAAUUAUAAUAAAUAAUAAUAUAAACUCAUCUGAUAAACGCGCGUGUAUAUAUAAACGAGUAUUUUGUAAGUUUUUCCGUCGUGAAAUAUUGUCGUUUAUAAUACCUACGCCACUGCCGUUUAAAAAAGAAAACCUCCCUGUCGGGUCUCCAGCAACAAUAAUCCGAUAGGUUAAGUUAAGUUGGGCAAUUUUUUUUGUUUUUUAUAAUUAGCGCCUUCCCACGGUAUUGCAUCUGAAUAUACAGUGUGAGCACGCAUAGUGAAUCACUCUGUAUUUAUUAUAAUGAGAUAUACGAAAUAAUGUACUUAUAAGCUAAUUUGUAAGGUUUUUCGUAUAUAAAUCAUAAUGCAUGCCAAUAUAAUGAUUUGUGUUUUUCAAGGUUAGACAUUUAGAAUACUGAAAUACAUUGUACAUUUUAUACGUCAGUUCGGCAUUUUUUGAAAAAGUCCACAAAUUUAUUUUUUCGAAACAAACAUAAACAAAUAACAUCUAUUUUAAGUUAGUAAUUUUGUUUUUUAAAUUGUAUACUUCGUAUGUUCAUAACUCUGCAAAAUGUUGUGCAACUACCCAUCAUAUCUCGCUUUUGUUUAGGAAACUAUCGAUUUCACAAGGAAUUUGAGUAUAAUAUGUUUUGUGUAAAUUUAAAUUCCAAACAAAAUUGUAUGAAAUAAAUUUUCAGUAAAAUCGAUAGUUUUUGAUGAAGAAAAAGCAAACAUUUUCAUUUUUUUCCUCGGACUGAGUACAUUAGACGAAUGAAACAUAUGGGUGUUUGAUUGGCCAGGCGAUUCGUAUGUUAAUCAGUACCCAAAGACGAAAGUUUUACCAAAAGCACAAAACUACAGACACUUUUUUGUUAGCACAAAACUAUGUUUUGAUGGCAUUUUCCUAUACUCGAAAAUCGACUGAAGAUAAAAUAUUAUUAGUCGGACCGAAGAAUGCCGCAAUAGAUAUAAUAUUAUUAAAAUAUUCAUCGGGGAAUAAAUUUCACGGACGUAAAAUACAGAGAUUUAAAAAAAAAAAAUUAUUACGCACAGUAUAUUAAGUGGUAGGUACAUUUCUAAGUUUCCGUGUUAAAACUAUAUUUUCGCAUGGUAAGAAAAACCUUGUGACCAAACGGCAUAAUAAUAACUAUAAUGAAUAUGAAACAUGUAAACGAAUUAGUUCGACUAGAGUUUUAAAAUAAUUUAAACUUUCGUUACGUUUCUGUACGAUAUAAUACCUGCGUACUUAUAUAAAUGAUUAUUGUUGUUAUUUUAUAUGCAGAAUUCAAUUAAUUCGGUUUUAUUAAGAUCAAUUCAAUUGGUUCGUGUUAAUUAAUAUAAUGCAACCUCCCUGCAGUAAUUUAUGUAAAUUUAUUUUUUAUAUAAUAUAAGGUUUUUUUUUUUUUUACCGUAUAAAUUAUUCAUGUUCCACCAUUGUAACUUAAAUUGAAAAAAAAAAAUCCAUUCUUAUACGAUUUAACCUAUUCCAAUGUAUUUUAAUACGAAAUAGCGAAACAUAAUUUUUCCGACCGAUUUAAUACGAAUUUAUUUGUCGCGUUUGUGCGUGCCAAUACCAGCCAUGGUAGGCGAGUUUGUCGUUGUUUUUACUCGUAACUCGACUCUUGUACGGUGAAAUAUGUUUUCAAAUAUUUGACGCACAGUAAGCUACCAUUAAUUUUUUUGAAAAAUGACUCAGACUAUCAACACAUUAUAGACUGUAAUUGAAAUACAAGCACAUUCCUUAGUUUACAAUUUGCGGUGGCAAAUUUUAAUCACUUUGAUAGACUGAACUGAGAGAAUCGGAUUAUAGAUAAUAUAAAUUGGUUAUUGGAGCUUAUCGAACGGUAAUGUUAUACAAUCAAAUUAGUUAGCAGUAUCCCAUGUACGAGAGAUAAAACAACAGAUAAUAUUCUUUCUCUAUUUUACAAAAAGAAAGUCUGCGACCCCGUUAUACUUUUGAUAUAAAUAGCCAUCAUGCCCUAUCCAUAUAUAUUUAUUAUCUAUAAGCAUAGGCGCAACUAGAGGGGUCAUAGGGGGUAUUUUCAAGUUUGAAAUUAGCAGCCCGAAAUACCGAAUAUGUUUUUUUUUUUAUAAUAUCAAACGAUUAUUUUAUCCAUGUUAUUCAUAAUUAAUAAGCAGAACAAACACAGGUAGUCUAUAGACAAUACAUGUGUAUACCUGUAGAAAAAAUAAAGUUGAAAAGGAUAUGAUCCUUUUUUAUGUAGCGAAUUUAAAACUAAACGCGUAGUUGCUUACUAUUAGUGUCACGUAAAAAGGAUUAUGGGAGCAUUGCUCCCCAUGGGUCCACGAUGUGUCUAUUAUUUUAGCACUCCCAAAUUUGAUGGCCUAGUUGCGCCUAUUUCUAUGGGGUAGAUAAUAAAAUACAAAUGCUGGCAACGAAAUUAUUAGUCGGUUAAUCCAAUAAUCGCAUUGCGUUUUAACGUUCGACAAAUCUCAACUUGGUAACAUUACCUAUAGCAUAACCUAAUCUAAAUAUUUGUAAAAAUAUUAAACCAUGUGAACCCCGUUAUGCUCGAAACGUAUAACGUCCGUAUACAUCAGUCACUUUGAACGAUUCCAAAAUUGAAAUACGCAAUGUGUUUAAACUUGCACAUAACGGAAUCUCCCCGCUACGACGAGCUGACGUUUUCUUAGGUCUCUCGGAGUUCCAUUUCAUACAGUUUUCACUGCACUAUAAUAUUAUGAUAAAAUUAUAGAAUUUCAUACUUCGCAGUUUAAAAUAUUAAUCUGUUUUCAGAUCCAUGUCUAGUUCAUUACUGCGGCAGGGGAGAGGAGUGCGUCGCUUUGGGUGGCGUAGCACGUUGCGUGUGCAUGCGUAAGUGCGGUCCGGCCAAGCGCAGGGUGUGCGGUACCGAUGGUCAGCUAUACGACAACAGAUGCGAACUGCAUAAGGCCGGGUGUCUGACCGGUGUCAAUAUAGAAAUAGACCAUUCGAUGAAAUGUCUCAUACCUACAGGUAAUUAUUAUUGAACCUAAUCAACCUGGCUGAACGGACUUGCCAACCCUAGGCGUGUGGAUAGAGAAUUCGUAUCGUGGUGGUCGAGGGUGAAAUUUCGAAUGAUAUUUGCAUUAUCCCCUGCAUUAUUCUACACCAGCGGUUCUCAAACUGUUGUACGUGGUAGGCAAACACUAUGGUACAGAAAAUAAAUUAAUGGAUAUUCGUAUACGUGUUGUUUAAUAGACCUGAUACUAUAUUUGACUGUCUUAUACUCGUAUCGUUUUGAAACAAAUGUAAAACCAUUAUGAAUUACUCAAUUUUUAGUUGUACGUGGUACGUGACAGAUCUACAAUACGUAUAAGUGGUGCGUGAAAUUAAAAAUUUUGAGAAUCUCUGAUCUACACACACAACCUGAAAUGUUUUAGAAAUACUCCCAAUGAAAAGAAUGCUAUUGAUUUGUUACACGUUAUGUAAUUAUAACAGACACAUUUCGUUAUCCACAGUACCUGUUUAUAAAAUCGGCGAUGUUAUAAUUUUAUAAAGCGAUUUAAAUUUGUUCCGGCAUACGAUCAAUCGUUAUAGAGCUAUAAACGUUAUAAAUAUGCGAAUAGCUAUUAUAUAAUAUUUUGAUAAUCCGUUGACGGUGAUAUUUUCAGCGUCCAAGGCCAAGAACGUACGAGUCGCGCAAAUUCCGAAAACCGAAGAUAACGCCAUCGAAACGGAUACCAAAUCCAAAGUGUCGAAAACGUGCGGUUCUCCGCAAUAUGAAAUUAUGAAGGUAGGUGUAAUCCUCUCAAAAGCAUCCCGGCCUUCAAAAUAUCCCGCGCCUCGUAAUCAUCUUCUUCGUUAGGGUAGAAAAGCGGUUUCUAUGGCCGUCCCGUCAUACGUCCAAACCUCUAACCUCCAUAAGAUGCUCGUGUUUUCCAAUCCAAACCUCCUCUUAAUAGUUUUUCCGCGUCUUUCUUGACUACCCGUCUACCCACCUCAUAUUCGAUUUACCAAUUGGUCCUUUUACCAUUAACAGUUAAUAUUAUAAAUAUUUUACAUUGGUUUUCAACUAUAACCAGAUCAAUUCGCUAUUUGUGUCAACAUUUUUCUACCGAGUGUGUUACAACCGAGUCGACUCCGGUUAGAGUGGGAGAAAGGGGAGUGUGGUUUCUGGUGAAUUUUUAACGUUCAAGCCGGGCAAACGGGAGAAAAGCCCAAAGCGAGAUUUCCCGACCCGGACAAAUAUUGGCUGGCGCCAUAACGCGGACCAUAUACGAACUAUUUUGGCAAAUGGCCUGUUCGCCCGUAAAGUAUAAUAUAUUAUAAUACGCGUGCAAGUAUACGAAACCACAUAACUCGGAUAUAUUACAUACAAAACGAAUUUGUCGUCGAAACGGGUAUAAAACGGUCCGCUUGCCGUCGUCGUUGUGUACGGGAUAAUGUGUGACUCGAGUACGCGAACGUUUAAUAACGAUAGUGAUAACUAUUCCGGACUAAAAGUUCCGGCAGUUAUUUCGACGGCCAAUACAAGACGACGCGUAUCGUAUUUUACUUAUUAUAAUCGUUUAAUAUAUCGGUGGUUUGUUCGGUCUAGACGAAUUAUCUAGAAAGGUGUAUUUUUAUCUUUUAACUUGUCCAGAUAAAUGAGAAACAAUAGUGAUCUCUGCAGACAGACAUUUGAAUAGUCUAGAAUUCUAGACAAGUAUGUUUGAAUUGUAAUUAUCAUAACUUUGGUCCCGAGGACUUACAAACAAAUUUAAAAAACAUAAUGGAAAUCAUAGAUAUUAUGGAAACAAAGGGGUGUAAGUGAUGUUUUCAAAAAAAGUUGAACUACAAAUUUUCCAUUUUAUUUUGUAGUAAAGAAAUAUAAGUGAAUUCGUCAUGUGCUGCAAUCUAUAGUAUCAAAUACUAGGUCCUAUUAAAAAACCUUUAAAUGAAAAUGCCAUAAUAGAUUAGAAGUAAAUAGGUAAAAGCGUCCGCGACGGCUGUUAACACACGUAUGUCUCUGCACUGACAAUUGUGUAAAACUUUUUUUUUAUCAUUCGAAUACACGAACAGUGAUGAUAUGAUAAUAAUAUAUUAUAAUAAUUUUAUUGAAUACAAAUAACUUUAAACUAGAUUUUUUCGAGACCAAUAAAAUUUCACUUAUACCCGUUGUGUUCUAGGCGCCUCGUAUGCUAUCAACAUUCAGCAAUUGGAAACUUUGCUACAAAUAAAAGUGCUUAGUAAUCCGGAAUUCUAUAUACACUGCAAUAAUAUUGUUAUCAUAGUGUUAUUUAGUAAUUUCGUAUAAUGUUCACGAUAUUUUUUGUCUCGCGUGUUUUUCAUUAGACCUUUUUUCGUAUUAAAUUAUUCUAUUUACUAUCUGUUGGUUUUACGAUUCACCCGUCUCCUCUUCAUGCCACCAAUAAACGCUUUAUUCGGUUGAAGGGUUACCCUAAAAGUUUCGUACCGCCCUCUGUACUGUAUACAUAGAUUGUAAAUUGAUCACGCGGAAGGUAUACUUUGGAAAAGUUAAUUACCAAAAAACCUACCAAAAAACGCUGUUUUAACCGUUCCGCGAGGAAAACCCCGUUUCUUUGCCCGCGGUCGGCAAAAUAAACGGCUUAUAUGUUUUAUAUUUAAAAUAAACUACUAAAACUUGCAAAUAAGUUCACCGCGAUUUUAGUAUGUAUGCAGUUUUUACGUUUUCCCGAUAAUGUCGGCCUCUUUAAAAAAAAAAAAAAUGUAAUUAUAUUUAUAAUUAAUUAAUUGUGUACCGUGUUAGCGAUAAUUUCGAAUUUUUAACGGCAAAAUAAAGUGUCACCUGUUUUUUUCUAUGCUAAUCGAAUAAUAGAUUUAAAAUUUUUUCAUACCCGGAAAUUAUUUUCAGAUAAUUUUAGAUUCUAAACGAUACGAGAAAUGUAUUGGUUUUAUUAUGAUGUGUUUUUUCAAAUUUAUUUAUUUAUUCUGUCUAUUAAUAACUCUUCUACCAAAAAUCUUGUUUCGAUAUUCAAGUGUAGUGUCUUUUCUAAAAGCAUAUUUAAUCUAGUUGAUGCAAACCCUUCAGACUAAGCAAUAACGGGUCUGUUAUUUUCAAUUUCGGUUUUUUAACAAUAUAAUCAUAGAGACCUGCAAUUUUCGUACACUAUUUUUAUAAACCCUUUCUAAACAUGGAUAAAUUUGGUAAAAAUAAUGAAAUUUCACAUGUUAUUAAAAUUAUCUAUUUGUGUUAAUAAAAACCUUUUGCUUCAAUUUUUAACACGAAAAAAUCAAUCUAAAACUGGACCACAUUAAAAUAUAAAUUUGAUUAAAAAAAUUUAAAUUAUUAACAUUUAAAUUUAAAAUUGUUAUAAAUAUCGGUGAAUUUUAAAAUAUAUUUAACUAAACCACGCUUAGAACCGUUUUCAUUAGCAAGAAUUUAUCGUAUCGUAUAGAUAUAAAUUUAAUUAUUUCCACCGUGGUUGCGGUUAUGUGUUAACAUGUCCCGAUCGGUCGAAACCUGUUUAAAAUCGAGUGUGAUGUAGAAAUUUUAAUAAAAAUGCGAAUACCAUAUUUUGACGGAAAUCGUAAAUUUUCAAAACACGUAUAACCAAACUUCGCUCAGAAUCGUUUUUCGUUAGCAAUGAUUAAUUGUUUCGUACUGAUAUACAUUAAAUUCCCUCCUAUAUCACCCUUUCGAACUUCUCACCUACAACAGUGACUAUACCUAUCCCCAUUUUCCUAGGGCAGCUUUUUAAAAUUGUAUUUUUUUUUUUUUAAAGCUCACUUAAGAGUGGAAAGUGAAGAUUAUUGUUUAUUUAAUUAAAAUCAUCGUCCGUGCAUAUAUUUUUGCAUAUUACGUUCUGAGUGGUAUAGAAAAACUAUUCCAUAGACACUUUUUCGUUUAGUAAAAAUGCUCCAAUCUGUUCAAGAAUUAGGCAUACCUUGAAAGAAGCGGAUUUUCCAUCCGAUGGUAUUUUAUUUGUAACAUUUUUAACACUUCACUCGUAGGCCCUAAGAUAUUGUAUCUUGGAAAACACGAAUUCGGUCUAUAUAGAUUUUCACCGACUGUACCCUACAAAAUACAUAAAAUAUAUUUAGAUUCCCGGCAGUUUUUUAAUGUACAAUUUGUAAAACAACAAUAAAAUCAAUGUAAUCGUCGUCGUCGUUGGUUUUAUUUUUGUUGAUUUCUGGGUUUCCUUGAUUACGGGAGAAAAAAAUCGCCACUCAAAUAACAGGUGUAGGUAUUUGUACACUAUACUCCGCUCAGAAUCGUUAUUUUUUUUAUUCACAGCGGUUUGCCGUUGCACACAACCUAUAUUGUAUAAACUAAAUUACCCCGCGUAUCCUAGCUUCCCAACUAUCCACCUACAUCGGCCGUGAGCAGUGUUGGGGGUUUUUUUUUUUUUUUUUCAUGCAAAAUGAAAACGAACAAACCGAAUCAGUCUAAAGCCAAACGAUAAUAAUAUUAUGUAUACACGUAAACAUAAGACCGGCUCGAUUCAGAAACGUUUACCUAAUGCAUUGAUUUAUCGUGGUUUUCGAAAUAAUUAUACGGUAUUAUAUAUAUAAUAGUCAGUUGUGUUUAACGUACUUAUAUAUAUAUAAUAGUGAUUAUUGCGCCGGCGCAGGAAGUCGAGCGUACAAAACGGCGGCGAGUGAGCGCCGUAUUCACGCGGUUCUUUGUCUCCGGUCCGUAAAUUUCUAUAUAAUAAAUGCACUGUAUACGAGAAAAAGAAAAAAAAAAAAUAAUAAUAUUAAAAUUUGCAACUACUCGAUUUUUUGAUAAUUGGACGGUUUCUGUGAGAAACGUAGUGUUAAAAAAUAUAAUAUUAUGCGAAGUGAAAAAUUCGAAGUUUUUUGAAAACGUUGAAAACCUUUUAUUGUUUCUCCGGAAUAAAUAAAAAACAAAUCGUUUUUCUAAAUGUAUUUUUAAUUUUAAUCUAAUUAAACGUAAAAAUGAAUCGUUUGUAUUACCUUUUUUUUUUUUUUUUUUGUCACAUGUUAUAUUAUACGUAUUAUAAGUUACAGUCGUGCGCAAUAAAUAUUGAGGCCUACAUUUUUUCCUUAUGUAUAAUUAAACUCAGGUUAUGGCUCAAGUAUACUUUAUCAAGGUCCUCACUAGUAUUAAAUAUUUUUAUUUUUUUUAAAACGUAUUUUUUACGCUUAUAUUUAAAAAAAAAAAAAUAUAUUUUUUGCGAAAACCAUCAAUAAAGAACAAGUUAUGACAAACAGCUUCUGGACUUUGAGCAGUAAAAACGAUUUUGUGUUUUUAUGAAGCGAAGAAUCACGAAGCAAAUAAAUCGAGUUGGUUGAAGAUUUGAUUUUCCCCUAAAAAUCGGGGCUUAUAUUCGAUUUGUUUCAGAUUCUGCGAAUCAAAGAAUGUAUUGGUUUUAUGAUGUUUUUUUUUUUUAUCCGUGAAUAACUUUUCUUCCGAAAAUGUUUUUCGAUGUAUCAGUUAUAGCGGUUUUUCUGAACGGGAAGUUUGUCUAGUAAGCACUUCAGUGAGAUCAUUUUCGAUUUUCCAAGCGGUUUCAUUAUAUAUGGAAAACCCAGAAAAAACAUAGGAAAAACGGAAAAAUUUACGAAAUGUAUUAUUUUUCAAUUUUGUUUUGAAUAUAAUUCAGUUAAAGUUCGUAGAGACUUGAAAUCUGUACAGAAAAUUUAUAUUUGCCUUUUCUAGUUUUUUGGUCGUAACUUCUUUAAUAAUGGUUUAUGGAAAAAAAUGCAUUCAUUUUCAAAAUCAGUAUUGAAACACGUGCAUGUUUUGUUUUUAAAAAAAAAGAACUUUCGAAACUCGUGAGAGGCGUGGUGAAGUGGAUUUUUUCCUACUGUUCCCAGAUUAUUUUUAUAUUUGCUAUCAAUAUUAUAAUACUCGUAUACUGUUAACUUAUUACUAGGUAUAUUCUAUAACUUUCCUAUGUUACUACGUCUACACUAUGAUAUACCGUGAAUAAAAUAUUAGCGUAGUAUUUAAAUUAUAUUUUUGUGAGGGAGCACAAUAUUAUAUUUGAAUAUAUUUUGAAACCCUUAUUCCUAAUUGCAUUACUUGUGGAUGAAGUCUGAAUAUGCUCACACUAAUGGGUUAUAAAACACUUAUCAGCUUUCUGACAUUUAAUAUUUGACAUUUCAAUACUAUUGCUAGUACCUGCCAUACGAAUAUAAUAAUUGUAUGUUACAUAAAUUAUUACAUUUGCAUAAUAAUUAUUAGCUAUUGAUUCGUCACGUUUAUGUUGCGGCAAAUAUUUAUCUGACAGUGUUAUACAGAGUGUUUCAGAAUCAAAUGGCCAACUCUAUAGGAUGUCACACUGUAUGACGUGACUCGAUUUUUAGAAAAAUUCGAACUUUAUUAGCGGAUUUCACAAAAUGUUCAACGGCAUAGUUUUGUUUUUAUUUUGUACCGAGGUUUUGGUAUGGAAAAUAAUAAAAAUCUAUUCUAAGAACGACCUAUAGAAAACAAGAGAACAAUCCGCAGAGUUGGCGUUUGCUUCUGAAACACCUUGUUAAACGUAUUCCCUACGUAGAAUCUACGUACCAACUGCAAACCGAAAAAUGUCAAAAUGUCUCUUAUACCUAUCGAGUUUCUCGCAAGAACCGCCCUAUUGUUACUACUGCACGGGCUGUCUGAGCCUCCCCCCCCCCACCGCGGGUGUUUUGCCGUGCCACCGUCAUAAUUAUAUGACAAAAAACUGUAGAAUAUUUUCGCAAUUUACGUUUUCAAUUUAUAUUUGAAAAAUAAACGAGUAUAUUAUAAUAUAGUAUAAUGAUAUACACGCGCCUUUCGAAUUUCCAUAAUUUAAUCGCCACGGAACGACCCGCACCUAUAAACAAAAAAAAUAUCCGCAUCCUAUAUAAAUUAUAAUAAUAAUAAUAAUAUUAUCGCUAUAUUCAAAUCUUGUCGAGCGGAUUCUGUGCGAUAUGGAUACGUUUCUCUGACGCGAUCGCAGCAAUAUUUUAAUACCGAUCGGAAAUACAGGAAAGCAAAACGUAAUUAUUCGUAUAUUGUUGCAGCGAUAAAAGUGGCUACGAUUAUUGUGAAAAGAGGUGCGCUGAUUCCCGCGGGUAAACCACUAAAGUAUUUUCACGGAAUAUAUAGUAAUUGUAAUAUAAGAAAUCCGAAAUAUUAUGCAAAAUGUAUUUCCUUUUUUUUUUUUUCUGUUACUUUAUAGGACAAGUAAAACUAUCAAGGAAAUCGGACCGGGGUGGUAUUUUAGGGAGGUCAUUUUUUGAUUUUUUCAGGGGUUUUCGUAACAAAUUAGAAAAACCGUAGGAAAAACGGGACAAUUUAUGAAAUUUAUUAAUCUCAAAUCAUAAAUAUUAUGGCCUUUCAAAACAUUUGUAACUGAAUUCCGCCCAGAAUCGUUUUUCGAUAGCAAUUCCCCUUCUAUCUUCCCAAUUUCUCACCCCGCUAAAACAGUAGCAUGUGAAGUAUUUUUCAAUGCCGUUUUCCGAAUUUUCCGUGAAAAUAAAGACUUAUGCACUGUAUUGUGAUAUCUUGAGACCGGAUUUAUAUUAUCUAGUAAUCCACAAAAAGGUGUUUUAAAACAUCGAAAAAUCUCUGAAAAAAGCAUUUACAAAAAUUUAAAAGCAAAAACGAUAGAUAAUUUUAAAAGUCCCUCCCACUAAUGGCUCUUAUUUAAUCUUAACUUAUUAAAUUAAAUCUCCUAACACUACAAAAUUGAUUCAUACAAAAUAAUUUUUUUCAAAUAAAAGCGUACGGAUUAUAAAAAAAAAAAUUAUUUUCUAUUAAUAAUUUGUAUGAUGUUAAAAAAUUGUAUUUAUAAUUUAGAGGUGGGGCUGUUAAACCCCUCUAUUAUUUUUGCGUUUUUAUAUAUUUUUUAAGUGAUUUUUUUUUUCGAAGCUUUUUGACGUUUUUAACUGUUUUUUGUGGAUUUUAAGAACAUAUAAAUCCGAUCUCUAGCCCAAUGUUUAUAUUCUAUAUAAAUAUCUUUGGUCCUGAGGAAGAAGGACUUGAGUCAACUUUUUUUUAAAUUUUAUCUGAUUCAUGUGUUUCUUCUUUAUCUUUUAUGUUUAUAUUUUAAUAUAGGCGUCAUUUGAAAAUCAAAAGUAGAUAGUCGGUUUACUUCCAAAAACAGGGGUAACAACAAACGUUGUUAAUGUGAUAUUGUAAAACUAUUUGUUUUUUAAAUUUUAAGAAGACAGAUUACGAAAAAAAAAGUUAAUACUUUCCGAGAUAUCGCAACGAUCGUAUUUUCGAGGGAUACCCUCUGUACAAGGUAAACUAUAAAAACUGAAUGUGUACAAUUAAGCGAUUGCGAAUAUCAACCGCAUAAUUCGAUUCGUACAGUAACAGCGGACAUAGUAUUACCCGAAAAAUUGAAACUUUUACCUCACGUUUUUCGCUGUUUUCGGGCCGUCUUUUAAGGGCGAUUAGAAAAAAAAAAAAAAAACCUCGCACAAGAGAUGCAAUAGUGGCGAUCUUCAGUUGUUCGUGUGGCGACGAGCCGUUUCGCGUCCAAUUAUAUAAUAUUAUGGGGAGCGUGCUACCGCCAAGAGAUAAUAACAUUAAAUUAUUGUAAUAUACGUGUACGGGUACCUAUAUACCGACCGUGCGCGCCGUAUUACUUUAUAUUAUAUUGCAUUAAGUAUAUUAUUCCGAGAAUGAUGAACAGAUGUAGCAGAUGCAGUCCGCACGCAACAAUAACAUAACGACAUUUGGAGCAAUUUCGUAUCUCGUUACCGAAAUUAUUAUUCGAAUACAUAGGUAUAUUUCGUAAUGAAAUUAGUAUUCGAACGUACAUAAACCGCAGUAACGUUAUUGGUUUUUAGUAUCGGAAAUCGGAGGCGAAACGGCGGCGGCGGCAGUUCUCAUACGAGUAUUAUAACCGUACAUUCGUAUCGAAUUAUUGUACUGUGGACGUCGUUUUUACCGAUAGUCGCCGGCCUCUUGCGAAUGACACAAAUGCCCGGCCAUAUUUUCAAAUAAUAAUAACGGGUUUUUGUUUUUUUUUUUUUUUAAUAUAAAUAAAACAUAAAAGUUAUCCGCGGAGGGGAAGAACCUUAAUAAUUAAAUAUAUUAUACGCGAUUCCCGCUACGGAGAGACCACCCCCGACGAUAGCCGACUGUCUAAUAUAAUAAUAUACGGUUUUUCUAGAACUCGCGCCAUUUUUUUUUUUCUACCGCUCUUAUACACCGCAAAACGCAUAAAACGGUAAUAAAUGUUUCUCGUGUUCAAUUAAAAGAGGGUGCAGCAGCCGCAGGAAUUAAUGCCCGCGGUCAGGAUUUAUCGCGCUCCCGGGAUGUUCCUCUCUUUCCUCGCGGUCGCGGUCUCCUCGUAUACCAUAUAAAUUAUGUUUACAAAAAGCUCUGGGAACGACGACGAAAAUCUUAUACAUUAUAAUAUAAUACAACAACAAGAAACGAAAACGCCGCCACAAUAAUAAAGGUGGGGUUUAUUUCGUCGUCGUCGGUAAAGUAUUACACAAUGAUUACAAAUUUAUAUUUUGCCGGAAGAUACAAAGAUAAUACAAACAUCAUUUUGGCCCGAGUCUAUAGUAUUUUUUUUUUCAACUCGCCAAUCUCGAGUCAGCGAAUUUGAAAAAUAUUAAUUCGGUUGGGUAUUAGACUAUGAUACUGUAUUCAAAUAAACUGGUGUGUACGGUGCCUAAUGGGACUAAAAUCCGUUUCCGAUUCACUAUAAUUAUAUACUUGGAUACAAAUUUUGCAACUCGACGACUCAUUUGCGUACAUUAAAAAUAUGUUUUACCUGUACUAGAAGUUCUACACCGGAAUAUACGCUGUACACAAAGUACAACACACAUAAAUCGUUUCCCUAUCGUAAUGUUUAAUAUUAAAUAUUAUUAAGAAGACAAAAUACAAAAAUCGACAAAUCAAAUAUAAUCUUGUAGAUAGGUCAAAACUCGAAAGUUUAAAUUUGUUUUCAAUCAGUUUUUCACCAGUAACUAGAUGUGAACAGAGUGUAACUAGUAACUACAAAAAUAUCAAUGUCUAUGGACAUUCAAGUUUGUAAUAUUUUUGAAUACUCGAACCCACGAACACAUUUUUAAUCACGCCUGAGGAAAAUAAAUAGUCCUAAGCCUAUAUUAAAGUGAAAAGAAAAAUUUGCUGAAACGAAUCGUAAAAAGGUAAAUGUGCGCAAACGAGUCGUGCCUCUCUGAAUUUGAUGAGAAAUCCAUUUGGUCUGGAAAAGCGAGACGAAUGAAUAAAAUCUAUACAAUUACACCAAAACGUAGUUAAAAAGGUUUCCGAAAAUCUCACAUUUGAUAUUAGUUACGAGAUUUGUCUAAUUCGAAUUAACAUACACAGUACUCUGUGUGGUUUAUUAUCGAAAAGUUAAUGUUUGUAAUCGACUUCCCCAAAGUAUUUGCGUAGGAUUGUUAAGACGUAAUAGAUUUUACGGAUGGAUUAGACUAGAAUUAUUAUGAAAUGUAGAAAAACGAUAUUAACAAUACCCAUACAAAUCACCAUGAGAUGAGAUGCCAGAUCGUGUUACUUUUCCAGACCAACUCCCCAGAAGUGAAGAAACGGAAAUUCUAACUCACUUGUACGUUUUUCUGACCCCUUGUCCUCCGUGCAGUGCCUGAUCCUGAACCCCGGCAAUUAAUAGUCUUCGCGGUGAACAUUGUAGAUUGGAUUUAGUUUGGACGGUACAAGUACGAGGAGGAGGAUCGGGCUCACGCUCGAGUGAAUUAUAACCGUUUUUAUUUUUUUAUACUUUUCACGCCAAAAUGAAUUAUUAGGUGUUGGAACAAUUUUGGGGACAUUUCUUUUGUUGUGUAGACAUACUAAGAAAUAUAAGAAAUAUAUGCCUUAUUGUUCUUUGAUGACUCGCGUUUGCGAAAUAUUCAAUAUAGUAUAUUAUUAUAUUAAGCGGUAAAAUUAUUACAUUGUAUGCUUAAUAGGACAAUUUGUUGCUGAUCAAUCACGCCAAACUAAUGUACCAAAAGAGCUGGAACGGCGGCAAAGAGUAUAUGGUCAGUGCGUUGUUCCGUUAUUUAGAUCUGGACGGCAACGGAUUUCUACAACAGGAUGAGCUAAAAAAGGUAUAGUAGAUAUAAAUACAUUUUACUGCAAGUUGUUCUCGAAUUUCAUUAAUUAUUCGCGAUUGAGAUUUUUGAAAUAAAUGAUCGAUUGUUUUUUUUUUUUUUAAUAUCAAUCUUACUUCCACUCGUUUAAAAUGUUUAAAAACGAAUUUUAGCGUGUUGGCCAAAUUGAGUUGACAAAUUAUCAAACAAGAUUACAAUAAACUUCUAACAAUUUAAACAUAAAUACUGGAAAUUAGGGCAUUUUUCAUUGUUAUAGAUUCACAAUAUAACGAAAAAACGAUUAGAGUUUUACAGAAAUAAUUUUUUUUCCCGAAAAAUACAUUUAGCGUUAAUAAAAAUACUCAGAUUUUUUUCAUGCCAUACCACAAAAGAUGCUAAAUUUCCGGCCGGUGAUAUUUGAUUUGAAACAAUUUAUCGACAUUAUGAACAGUCUACUUCCUAGGUCCUUUCUUUAUUUUAGUUGAUUUCUUAACGUUACGUUUGACAACUGCAAUUGAAAAAACACGUCUAGUGCUACUUCACUCAGAAUCGAUUUUCGUUUGCAAUUAUUUAUCAUUGCAUACAUAAUAUAAACUAAGUAAUAUUAUUACGUCCUACUUUUCGAACUGCCCACGUGCAAAAACAGCCUACACUCUCUGUGCAAAAUGAGUCCAACUUUUUUUUAAAGUUAAGACCCAAGGAUUAUAUUAUUUUUUUUUUUUUUACUUUUAAACGGAAUAUUUCUUAUUUGUUUAUUUUUCGAAUUUAUCACAGUCAAAAUAUUAUCCUCGUAUAAUAUCCGUUUCCGUUAUAGAAAAUUAUACGAAAAUGUAUUCUCUUUGAAAAUUGCUUUAUCCCUAUUUACCAUAAUGUUGUGCCGCGGAAAUUGAAAAAUGUGCAAUAUUUAUCAUAUUACGCGUAUAUUAAUGAAUUAAUAUUAUAUUUAAAAGUUUCGAAAAUCGUCGUAAAAAUUAAAUUAUUGCAUUAUACCCAGGUACCUAUAGAGUUUCCCGGUAUGACAAUGUAAAGAUAUUCUAUACAUCUUCGUGUGUAUUUUAUUUUAUUUGUUUUUAACAAACGAACGGUACCAAAUAAAUUUCUUGUGUAAUUUUGAUCAAAACUAUGCGUAAAAGCAUUUUUUUUUUUUUCCGAAUAUAUAUUAUUCAUACGCGCAACGAGAUGCCAUAAAUAUGGUUACCAUAUAGAUUAUAUUACAGUUUGGAUUUAAAAAUGCUAUUAAAGUCGAUUAUGAGGGUCGUACUUAAGGAGGAUAUAACCUAAAAUAAUUGAAUUUUUUAUUUUUUUACCGUACGAUUGACGUAGGUUAUAAUACACUUAUAUAUAAUUUACAACGGUAAAAAUAAUCGAUUUUUUCCCUCUAUUGGUAAUAUUUCGUAACGCUUUUAUGAACGAACAACGGUACAGUUAUAUUUAGCGACCGUAUUAAAGUACCUAUAUAAAAUAAUUAUUAUUUUAAAUUCUCAACUUAGUAGGUACGCAAUAAUAAAAAUAAACUUUAGACACCGUGUUCCAUAUAGAGUUAGUUUUACCUUUUAUCAAAAAAAUAAAAACAAAAAUAAACUCAAAACAAAACAAACUUUUUAAGUUCUCGCGACAAAAACGUGAAUUAUAUUUCAAAGUUUACGUCGGUCGCCGUGCGUAUAAAUCAUAAAAAUAAGAAAUUGUAAACGUUCGAGUAUAGAAGAAGAGAAUAUCGAUAUUCUAUAAUUGAAUGGAUUUCUUAUAUAUAUCGUAAAAUAAUUUCAGAUAACCAAACAGGAUAAACUCGACGAUAUAUCAGACGUUUGUGUCAUGUCGGACAUGAUUCGAUUCGAGGACAUGGAUAAAGACGGCCGUCUGGGUCUCAACGAAUUCUAUGCAGCUUUCAGUAAAUUGUAUAGUGAGUACCUAUAUAUUCGUAUAUUCGAUAAACGAGCACAUUACAUUACAAAUUACGGCGACGUAGAGAUUUAAUUUACCUGCGUUGUGUGUGUGUAAAUCUUUGCACGAAGCAUAGAGCUCCUUUGAUGUUCGUGCCCGUUCUAUAUAAUAACAUCGUGCCCAGAUUUUUCUAAGCUUUCCUUUUUUCGUUCGUUUUUUUCAAGGUCUUUCGGUAGUCACUUUGGAAAAGGCGCUUGAAGUGAACCGGAUAUCUGCCAAAGUAGGUGACAAUGUUGAAAUCCGGUGCGACGUCAGCGGCAACCCACCACCUCCCAUAGUCUGGAAACGGUACUCCGCCGAUCUGACGACUUUGGGUGACGAAGACGUGCGGGUAUUCAGCGACGGAUCGCUGUACCUCACCAAAAUACAAUUAGUGCACGCUGGCAAUUACACGUGCCGAGCCCUGAGGAACUCUGAAGUCACGCAGACACACGUCUUGACUGUUCACAGUAUGAUAAUAUAGUAUUUUGACCGCAGUCAUCUGACCUGUCUAAUUAACCGAUGUCGUCUAUUGUUUUAUAUAGCACUGCCCGAAGUAAAAGUCACGCCUAGAAUCCAAUCGCGAAGACCCGGUGAAAAGACCGCCAUGUUCUGUCACGUGAUCGGAGAACCUUUCCCCGAGGUAAGUAUAUUAUGAACGCUUGGCGAGAGUGUUUCUGUUGUACAAUGAUAUUUUUUGUUCGCGUUGCAGGUGAUAUGGUUGAAAAAUGAAGAACGUUUAAAGUUGGACAUGGUACACAAGUACAAGGUGGUUGGCAACGGUACCGAACUUAGCAUCGACAAUAUCGAUUACGCGGACACCGGGGCGUACAUGUGUCAAGCUUCGAACACGGGCGGAGUCACCAGGGACAUAUCAUCGUUGAUCGUUCAAGAAGUUUUGACGCCUAGUGAGUGUAAAUAAUAACCGUAUCCCCGGCAAACUAACACCUGACCUAACUUCAAUAUAUUCCCGUAUGUUUUCGUGACACUGCAGCCGCUCCAAAAGAGGAACGCCGGUUUUUCGCUUUCCACGAUUGGGGAGUGUCCGUUUACGAGCCGACCGCUUGUCGACUAUACCACCAGAUUCAGUCUACGGACAUUAUACCCGGAACCCAAGUACUAUAAAUAGAUAUUAUUAAAAUAUACGCGUCCGAUAAUAUUUAUAACCUAUAAUCCGUUUCGGUUUUUUUUGGUUAUCGUAGGAAUACGUGUGUGGAGACAAGGGUGUAAAUUGCAGUUGGGGCCAAGCCAUCAACGUGGCCAACCGCUACGUGUAUGUCUCGCAGCCGCUCAAAGACCGGAUAUUGCUCAUCAGCAAGAUUCAAAUGGUUGUCGUGGACGUGAGUGCACAGUUUCGUAAUGCGGCGAGGGUCCGCGAUAGAAAAUAUUAACAUGUUUGGUCGUAGGUCGUCAUCACGGACAAAUAUCCGGUAGCUUUGCAUUACGUGCCACACUUGGACCAAGUGUGGGUGUUGAACUGGAGGAGUGUGUACGACGAUGGCGUGAAAACGAUACAGGUUAUCAGAGACGCGUCACAAAAGAGAAAACACCAUACCGUCCACCCUGAACCGAUCGACGGCCAAUUUGAUUUGGUCAGAGACUUGUUUAUGCCCAUCGCGCAAGUACGUAAAAAGAACGAAAUGUUUGCCGAUUAAAGUGUUUAACUCUGUGUUGCAUAAUAUAGGACUUAAGCCACUGGUUCAAAUACGGUUACGUAAGCCACGCCAAUCAAAGAGGACUCUACAAAUUGGACUUAGCCAACAUGCGAUACAUAAGGAGCAUAGAUCUCUCUCCGUACAAUUGCGUGCCGCGGACGUUGCAAUUCUCCUCCCUGUGUAUGUACCUAUAACCUUGAUCACGGUUUCUACAACGAUCUACCCUACAAUCCUGGUUUGUUUUUUUAUUUUUUUUUCAGACGGCUUUGUCAUCAUUGAAUGCGAAGAACCUGGCACCAGUAGCCCAACGGGCCAGGUGAUCCUGGACUACCUGACAGAUACGGUGAUUAACAAAAAGGUCACCGUCAGAGGAAGUCCGCUGGUCUCGCCCGACAGCCGAAUUGUCGUGUCCAUCAACCGAGCUCCCGACGGAGUGACCUUAGUGGUCCAACAAGUUUUAGGUAAGUUCGGUAUUAAUGUUCCGAUGAUAAUAUGAUGUAAUACACUCAAUAUUAACUCAAUAUUCUCUACUCUCCCCAUGAGUAUUCUUCUAACCGAAAUGUCUUUAAUCUUCUCAGUCUCACAGAUCGCAGAAAUCUCUCUUUCCUUUCCAACGUCCUUUCAAAUAAAACUGAUUCAACUUGUCUCCUUUCUCUUAUAACUUUAAAGUCCUUUCCGCCUAAUUCGUCAAUUUGUCCUAUUUCAUAUUCCCUACUCUCAGACGCUAUUUCUUGAGCUAUCCCCAAUUACCUGGCUCAUGUGCACCGCCAACGUAAAUCCAUCGUUCUCGAUUUCUCGUUAACAUUUUUACGUUUCCAGCAAUAUUUACACUAUUGAUGUACCUCUAUGUCUUGGAUCUUGGCCAAUAUAUAUUGUUGAAAUAAAAUAAAACAAAUAAUUAUAUAUUACACGUGUGUAAAAUCAUAUUUUUGUAGAAUCUGGACUCAAAUUUUCAUUCGACGUCAAAACCACUCUGAUGAUAAGUGACAUAGCAUUCUAUCCGUCUAGAACGACACAUGGAUACGAUUUGUACGCCAGUGCUGCCAAUAAGGAAGACAUACUUUUCCUGAAUUUGUCCAAUGGUAAGUUAUUUAAUCUAAAAAUAUAUAACAUUUUCUAAACCGAUUCACAAAUUGUGAAUGUAAAACGUGCAAUUUUGAAUAAAACUCAUUUGAGCUUUAACUGGGUUUAGCGGUAAUCACAAAAGAAAUCAGAAAUCAAGAAAAAAUCAGAAAUUUAAGAGUGAAUAUAAAAGUUUAAAAAUCUUAUUUCAAAAUGUUAUCGUGUCUUUUCGCGUAUUUUUUUCAGAAAAAUAAAGUAAUACCGGAUAGAACCGUCACAUCAUUUAAAGUACGCGGCGUGAAAGCUUUUAAUGAUUUUUACUAACCCAAAGGCUGUUAUAGAAAUAGAAAAAUACCACCAGUCAAUACGUCUCUAGCUACCAUCAAAAACUUUGUGUAACAUAGAAAAUGUAUUAUAUUGACGUUCUGUCUCACUCGAUAUCAUAUGCGUAAUCCGCUAAUUUAUAGAUCUAUAAUAUUAUGAUACAACUUCUGUAAAUAUAUAAAUAACCGUAUCAACGAUCACAAUUUCAUAUUGUACAAUAUACUAACAGAAACUGAGGGGAUAUAGUAAUACGUAUAAUUAUAUUUUUAACGCAUCUCCUUCGAACACAAGUAUACGAUAAACCGUAGAAGUAACCCAAAGACACGACUGUUUAGAUAACGGAAGAAGAAAAAAUAAGCGGGUCACCGCCAGCAGAUAAUGUAUGUUAUUAUACGAGGGGGCGAUCGAGAUUUUACAGUUUACAGCCAUUCAUUCUCGUACGUAAAUAUUAUGCAAAACAGAGGGGAAAAGCUUUAACCCUCAAAGUCACGUGCCAGGUUAGGUCCGUACCGGCUGGUAACGCGCGAUGAAAAAGUAUCUACAGUCAGCCGCUGACGGUAUACCUAACAAUGUAGUUUCUAUAAAGAUUGUGAUGAAUCGCUGUCGCGGUCAAAGAGUUUUCCAUAGACGAUUUGAUAUCUUUGAAAAUUAGCUUUUAUAUUCAUGCGGUUCGUGUGAAAAAAAAAUGACGAUGAUGGCCGUGGUUUGGCAAUAUUUCAAAAGUGAUGCCAUAAAAAAAAUAAUAUAUUGUCGACGAGAUUUUGGCAUGGCUGCGCAAAGUUCAAUAUUUAAUAUUAUAACGAUAGGUUGUUAUAAUUGUAUUAUAAUUCACAGGUACGCCUGAUAAAGAUGUCGAGUCACCAAAUUGUAUAAAAUUAAUUAUUUACAUCAAAAAAGUAGGGAAAAGAUCUCUAUUUUUCAUGUAGGAUAUGUUAAGUCGUGGUUUUCAUUUGUCUUUGCGUUUUAAGUUAUGUCACAUACUACAAGUAACUUAAACUAUAAGUCCACUUAACCUAUAUUCGGAAUUUAAUGUUUUACCAGUAAAAUAAAAACUUUUUUUUACAAAACAGCUGUCACAUUUAUGAUCAAAAAUAACUUAAAGAAAACAAUAAACCACACAUUUAACACGAUAUAUAAAAUCAAUAAUAUUAUUAUUCUCAGAAUGUAUAAAACUAUCAACCAAUCGGCACACACGUUAAUUGUAGAACCAUUUAUAUACAAUAUAAACUUUCACAAGAGCUACUUGGUGAAAAACUCAAAAUUAUUAAAUUAAAAUUACAAAAUUGGCUUACGCAACAAACUGAACAAACUGAAGGCCUAAUAAAAAUACUUUUUUAACAUGUCACGAUUGUAAGAUAAGUCUUCAUGGGCCCGCCCCCGCGUGCAUGCUCGGUGGAGCCUAUAAUUCUUUGAAAUAAACGCUAAUAAUAAUAAAAUAAUAUGUUUCCUGGAUAUCAAUUAAGUUAAGUCGAUGAUGACUUACCUCCUUCGCAUGUCAAAAUUUUACCGCGUAUAUAAAAGGCAAAUAUAAGUUUUUUGUCCAAAUUUCAAUUCUCUAAAAAUAUGUUAAACUGAAUCACAACACAAAACACAAUUGGAAAUAAUACUUUUCGUACAUUUUCCUGUUUUUCUCAAUUAUUAUGAAAACCGCUUGAAAAAUCAAUAUGACUUCUUUAGGUUAUGUUAAGUUACCACCCAGAUAAUCUUUCCUUUCAGAAAAAGUAGCUACACUUGAAAAUCGAAGUAAGAUUUCUGAUGGAAAAAUUGUUUACAGAUAAAUAAAAAUAAAAAAUUAAAUAUCGUUACAAAACCAAUACAUUCCUCGUUUCACUCAUAAUCUAAAAUAUUCUUCCAACAUUUCUCGUAAAUCCAUUAUUUUCCAAGAAAAAUAUUGAAAGACAUAAUAUUUAAUUUAUUUUACAUAAUUGACUAUUUGACGGUUAUUUAAACAUAAUUGACGAAAAAUGUAUGAUGCGAUAAAUUGUUUAAAACAAAAAAAUUACAAAAACACCUUAUUUCCUAAAAAAAAAAAAAAAAAAAUGAUAUUUAUCAAAAAUGUCAUAAUCAUUUUAUCGUUACAGUCGUUCUUGUAAUUUACGGUAGCCGUACAGCGGGUGGUGGCAUUUUCAUUUAAGACGAUUUUCAAACGAACGCAUAAUUUAAUAUCGCCGCGUUAAAUCCGUCGGGUCCCUUUUAAGCAGUAUUUUCAAAUUUCGAUUGAAGAUUUAUUAUUUUAAUUACGAUAAUAGUUUUCGAUUUGUUUUGUCCAAUCCGAAUACCGUUGAAUAUUACUAUAUAAAUUAUGUACUAUACUAUAUCUGUAUACUCGGCACGAAUAUUACUAAUACUACAAUUUCAACUACACCUCUUUUAUUCAUCGUCCAACACUCUCAGACCUGUAUGCGUCAUCGUUAGCCCCACUACGGUUCAAUAACAUUUCCCUUUUAUAUUCUUAAUAGCAAAGUUUGUUCACAAAAAACACUACUGUGCCUUUUGUUUUAAUAACGGUGAUAUUGGUUCCGGUUUGUUUUAACUACGACUGAACCUAAUGCCAGCUCACGGCUUUAGACACUUGAUACGUAUACGAUUUCUUAUCGGGUUAAACUUUAUCGGAACGCAAUCAUAUUAAUAUAGUAUCUAAACCUCGAACUAAGAUAUACAGGACUGUAAACGAAUGGCAGGACGGGUAUUGGUACAAAAACCAAACGGCAAUUUAUGCUGGUUACUUUUUCCUUUGCGAGUCCCCGCGAUUUGCACCCGGCGCCGCCGUUUUAGCGGAUUCUCUUAGACUAGCGAUAAGAUGCGAAAUGUCUAGUUCUAAAAAUAUCCACCAAGACGGCACUGGGGGUCGUAAAAUAAUAGAUCCGCCGCUAUCCGCGGAUUGAGCGUUUGUUUUUCUCGCCGCGUUAUCGGUGCUCUUUUCCGGUUCUAUAUUUCUUAUUCCAUGGUCUAAGGUACCCGUCGAACACAACCUAACCUGAACCUGAACCCGACCGUAGAUAUAAAUGGUACGAAUAACCCAUCAAUUUCCAUCGGUGUUCUCGAACGUAAGAAUUUAAAGCUAUGUAAAUAUUUGUUGUUCUCGUGAUAUUACUACGUAAGGCACAUUAAAAAUUAAAAAAAAAAAAAAAAACAAAACCGCCUCGAAUACUUCCCGUUAACCGCUCCUCUUGGGACACUGUCUCAAAUAAUAAAACUCACUAGUGUUCUCCGCAUACCUUUUAUAUAAUAUGAUUACCUGUUUUCAUAAAAACCGUUUUUGAUAUGAUUUUUCAGGCAAAGUGGAAAUGAUCACGGGCGUAGGAAAGGCCAUGGUAGAGUCGUUGACGCAAUGGGGUAACCCCAACCGCCCGAUAGCAGCAUCCGGUAUCUUCGGCCACUACAUGGUCACGCCGGCCGACCAGGCUCUUUUCGUGGUCAACGGCGAGACUCGGACCGUGAACUGCGAGAUCGGCGGCCUGAUACACCCCAGGCUCAUCACAUGGGUCACCAUGCAGCUUCAGUGA